GAAUGCAGUGCAUGGCGCGUCAUUGAAGAGAGACCAUGAUGGCGGCGGCCGCGGCGGCGGGGGGAGCCCCCGAGGUGAUCGCCCAGCUGGAGAACGCGGCCAAAGUGCUGAUGGUGAGGGCGGCGCGGCGGCGGGCGGAGCGGGCAGGCUGGGCGACCGAGGGCGCGGCGGGGAGCGGGGCGGCCCCUCCGCCCCCCAGUUGAUCCCUCUGGGCGGAGGAGACGCCGCGAGUGCCCCUUCUUCUUCCCUUGCAGGCUCCCUUGCAGGCUCCUUCCUCGGAGAGGGACUCCGCGGGGCUGCGCCUCCUUCCGCGCGGUGCCGCGGAAAUCUCGCCGCUGCCCUCUUUUUUCCUCCGAAGCUGCAGCCCCGUGCGCGCUGGCUAUGGGAGCAAGUCCCAUGGACCCCCCUCCGCGAGGGGGGACUUGCUCCCCAGCAAACGGGCGUAGGAUGGUGCUGCUAGUACUUCUCUGCUUUGGGGCCCCUUCUCCCUCCACAGCCCUUUCGCUUCCUUUAUCAUUGCUUCGGGCUCCUGCUCCUUUCUGCACCAUCAUAGCCUCUGCUUCCCAAAUCCUCUCCAUUUCACUCCUGUACCCACGUGCUCAGAUCCUUGCUAUCGGCUGUUCCACCACUCUUUGCUCUGCUCCUUUUUUCAUUUUAGAAACAUUUUUUCCUGCUGCGCAUCUGCUACAAUCAGUAUAAAACGACAUAUUCCUUCCCCUUUUUUUGGCCAACUAGUGAAUGCUCCCACCCCCACCCCCCGCCUCUGUCUCUGCAAGCCAACCUUCAUGUGCCUGGGUUACAUAAAUCUUAAGAUGCUUGUUCCAUUUGCUUGUUCUCCUCAACAGUCAAGGCACCUGGAAAAUCUGGGCUUGAAUAGCAAAACCUUUCCACCUAUUAGUAUUGCCUGUGCAAAGAGAAAACUGUUCCUUCAAUCAGUGUUUAAAAGCUUUGUGUGAAACAAGGCAGUCAGUCACUUUGUCAGUCUGUUGUUAGCAUUGAAGCUAUCAAUGCCCCCACCUCCACCCAGGUACACUUGUUUACUCCGGUAGAAUUUUGAUGGUUUGGGCUUUGUGGGAUUGUGACCAUUAAUUUUUUUAACAUUUUGUGUGUGUGUGGAAAGUGCUUUGCAGUGUAACUUGUUGCAUCUUCUGCACACACACCCAAAACACUUGCAACCAGCCUCGUAUUUCAUAGUUUUCCUGGUAGCCAUAGGUGUCCAGGAAUGCCAUAGAUGCGUGUGAGUUGACUGAAUAGCGCACUUGGUUUCUCUGCCUGACUCUGAAGAGGCCAGAGCUGCAUAGAAAUGCAAAGGGCUAGUAGAAAAGUGCCGGUUCUCUCCUUCCAGGAGCAUAGCUAGAUCCUUAAAAGGACUUAUACCCAUGACACACAUUGGUGUAUGCUAAUUUAUUUGUUUAGGUAAAAUCUUAGGCAAACUUUGAGGGGGGGGGAGAAACUACUUUGUAAGAAUUUUCUUAAAGUUGAUGUUUAAAAACAGGAGGAAGGCACAGGAGGUAUGGGGUCCUGUGCAAAUGGUCCACACAACCUGUGCUUUAACAUCUCCAUCAUUUCUGUGCCUGUCUGCUUUAUAGAAGUCUUCUUUAAAAACAACAACCAAGCCUUUCAAUAGGUUUCCAUGUAGGCCUUUAAGGAUGAGUCUUGUCCUCAUGAGCAGCCAUGAAAAUGCAGGCCUUAUAGCAGGCUGCUAAAAUUUGUUUUGCAGGCUAGUAACUUUUCUGUGAUUAUUGACUGAGCAGUAAAAUGCUAGAGAAAUAGAUAAAUCUGUCAGCUAAAAGUAUCCUCCAACCAAACAACUAUACCAUAAUCAUAUUGCCAAAAUGUCAAAAAGUUAUUGCUUAUUCUCUCAAAAUACAAGAAGGCAAGUCAUUGGUAUUCCACUAUACAAGUGGGAAACUAAUGCUCUGAAUUGGUAAUUAAUAUUUUCUCAUAGUCUUCUACGUGAGCAGUUUUUAUGUAAGCAUAAGUUUACCACACAAGCAUCACACAAUCUGCCGUACUACCCUGCAAGCAGUAGAUAUUGAGCAAUUGCUUAACAAUUAUACAUUAAUGCAUAGCAUGGAUGAAAACCUUACCUAGUAUGUGUGUGUUUUGCGUCCUGUUCUUUCUUUAAACAGGCUGGUUGGUUUGUCUGUGGCUAUCUUUCCUGCUCCUCAUUACAACCCUUUGAGGUAGAUUAGGCUCCCAUUGGAUCUAAGGUGUAGAAUGUGGAUGUAUGAUUUAAUCUGAUUUUAGUUUAUAGUUGACUUUAUAUUUUGAAUGAUUUAAAGAGUUUUAUGGUUUUUACUGAUAGCUUUAUUUUAUUAUUUUUGUUAAAAAACCUCAAAGCAGUUUGCAAACAAGCAGCAUAUAAAUUUUAUGAAAUAUUUUAAAGCAAAUAAUAAGAUCACCUUAAUGUACAAGGGGAAAUUUCAACCCAGGUAUCUCUGGUUUUACCCACUGCACUUGUGAACAUGUGGUGAUAUGUAGAAAAUCUGUGCUUGAAGGAAGUAUUGGAUUGCUUUAUUGUUAAUAUUUCACCUUCAUUUGUUGUAGACUUGCUGAUGGUAAUUUUUUUCUUUAAGCUAUUUAAAUAUCUGACAGUACCCUUUUUUUUAAUGGGUGGGUUAUCAAUUAUUGGACAAGAGCAGGCGGCUUGUGGAGGGGAGGGGACUUCUGUAUAGUUAGAAACAAUCAAGCACUAGAGGCAAACAGGGUUUCACUUCCAAUUCAGGCAUGUCUCAAAUGUAAACACAAUUCUCUUGGUGCAUAUCUUUCACUUAAAAGGUCGGUAGUUUGUGUACUUUCUUGUUGUAGAGAACAGUCUUUAUGGCUAAGCUGUUUCUACUCUGCAGAUUUAAAAUCUGUGGAUACCUUUCCUGGGGUUUACUAUAGAUAAGGAAAUCUGAGUGAAAAGUCUGGGUUAUUAUCUUUUGCCAAGAGUUAAUAGUACACAGGAUAAAUUAUUUAGCACAGACUUUGGUUUAGGAGUGAUUUAUGCCUGCUUAUAUGGGAAUGCACUCUAUAUUUCGCUACUAAGCGCACAUUUAUUUCUCUGUGCAAGACAUGCGUUUGAACAAUACACUGUAUUGGUUCAUGUUUUACUGAAAAUGUGCGCAGAUAUUAAAGGCAUUAUGGUAUUAUAAAGACUUCCCAAACUCUAAACUGAAAUAGAACAUCAGAUUUGAAUGUUUUGAACAAAGCAGGAAACUUUUGCAGGAACUUUUGCACUAAAUAAGCUACACUCUGAAUCCUUCUAAGGAGCUGUGGAAGAAAUCUGCUUAAUACUGUAAUUGAGACUCGGAGAUAUUUGCAGAGGACUGUAGAUUCUGUGUUGGGUGACUGAGUAUAAAGUGAGCUAUGAUUUAAUUUGUACCCCUUUGCCAGUGCCAUUAAGAGUGUGACCCAACAAGUCCAGAGUACUUCAAGAGGAGGCAAGACACAAAAGCCCAUUAAUGGUAUUAUUGACAGAAAUUUUCAUUGUGUACAGCUAUUCAUAUCAGCAGAACACACCAGGUGUGCUCUGUUUAUGCACAUGCUCCCAAUCUCUUACAAAUGCAGAUCACAACAAGGUUGUACAGACAAAAGCCUUGCCUGAUAGGAAAGUACUAUUUUUAAAGCAAACAGUCUUCAUGAUUGUGGGAUGUGUAUGUGGGAGGUUACUUCUAUGAUAGCUAUGCCUAGUUUUCUAAUUCAGACUAGAACAUUACAGACUGGAAGGUUAAAAUAAUUUACAAAACUUUGGUAGCAAAACAUUAGAAAAGGAGUGUUUUUAAUAUAUACCUUGGCAUUCUUCCCAUGCCUUCUGUGCUUUUAUUUGAGUUAAUAACAACUUUCUUUGAUGCCAAAGUGCAUCCCUUGAUUGCAGUUCAGAAGUUCUCGAGUUCCCCAUUGCUUGCUCUUGAUGAGCAAAUUUCCCUGAUUUUGUGGUACCUUCUCCAUAGCUGACAAAAGGAAAGUUGUGCAUAUGGGUCUAUUCUUCUUUAUGCUUCAUUUCUACAUAUGUUAACAAGGGAACGGGUUUUUAAUGAAACAACAAAGUACAGUUUUGCAUUUCAGGGGGGUUGGACCAGGUGACCCUUAGAGUCCUGUAAACACUACAAUUCUGUGAUUUUAAAAGUGUUUGUUGUUCUUUCUUUCUUUCUUUCUUUCUAUCUUUCUUUUUAUGUUAAUAUUUUUCCAGAAAGUCUGCAUGAUUUAUUGUAUUUUUAAUAUUUCGUUGGAAGCCGCCCAGAGUGGCUGGGUAUAAAUUUUAUUAUUAUUAUUAUUAUUAUUAUUAUUAUUAUUAUUAUCAUUAAUUUUAUAUGAUUGAAAUGACUAUUUUACAUGUAUCGAAACAAUUCCAUAAUUGCUUCUGUAAAAGUAUUUGUUGUUAAGGCUUAGAUAUGUGUCUUACACCUCAGUUAUUAGCAAGUCAGUUUGGAAGCAAAGCUAACCAAUAAUGGUGGAAUUUACUUGCAAUUAACCCCUUCUUCCCCACAUAGACAUUUUAUGUGGUCAGAUAUGGGAAGGAGCUGAAUCUCGCAGGACUAGUGAGAGCACAUGGGAUUUUCCAGUUCAGUUGUUUGCUUUUUCCUGCUGUGGUAGAGUUGAAAGAGAUGGGAGGGGCACGAUAGCCUGAGGCCCAUUCCUGAUUUUUCUGUGGACACAAUUCUUAGGGGGCAUAUUGCCCAACCUGGGGAAUAAAUGGCUUUAAAAUUUCAACCUUUGCCAGUAGUUCCUUGAGGUUGUGAAAAUCGCACACCAGAGGGUUUUUUUUUAGAGUUUUGAUAAAUCUCCAUCUCUUUCAAUAUUCAGAAACAUAGCAUUCAGAACACAACAGUAAAAGUGGGCUGCAAAAUCAUCUGAAAGCUUCUUUUAAUCCAAGGAAUCUUAACUUGUAGACCCUCUUACCUGCAAUUCGGCUACGACUCUCAUCAUUCCUGAUCAUUGGAUGCUAAUUGGGGCUGAUGGGAGUUGUAAUAAUAGAACAUCAUCUGGAGGGCCACAAGUUAGCCACCCCUGUUUUAAAGGAGCAAAUCGUUUUUACUAAUAAGAUACCUACAUAAUGCAUAAGUAUAUUGGGCAUCUCAAUGGAAUAAUGGGUGAAGGGUGGCUGAAAAGGAAUUUCCAUUUCUAUUUGUUUCUGCUGGUUUACAAGUCCCGUGCCUAACCUUAUAUGAUGCCAAGUGAUGGAAAGAUGUGUGUAGUUUGGGCCAAACCACUUUAGAAGGCCAAAUGGGAUUUCUUGGCAGUCUGGAGGAUCCCCAAUGUUGCUGUAGCACUUUCAUGAAUUUGAGUUUUUUAACGAAACAUGUCUGUCUCUUAAAGACCUGACAGUUUAACUACUUAAGUUUCCCAGUAUUUGCUUGGGCAGAUUUUUUUGCCAAGUUAUUAGGCCCUCCCUGUUAUGGUGAAUGAAGGCUUUUGAGUUUUACUGUUGUCUAUGACAAUCAGCUCAAAUUGAAAAGGUGUGAAGACAGAGGAAGCCAGACACUCUGUAGACAGGAGAUUUCUUGUUCAGUUAUCUAUGCUAAUUGAUUGAUGCAAGAGAUUUCAGCUUAAAAACAAGGCUGGGAGAGUAUAGGGUAGAGCUUGUACCUUUUCUCUUUGAUGAGGUUUAUAUAAGCAGAAUGGUAAAAGUUCUGUGUGCAUUUCUAUGAAAUUUAAAUUUCAUCUGGCUGAAGAAGAGCCUUUGUUAAACAAAUGCUUAUUAUGUUUCUCAAAGUUGAACCUACGCAUGUUUACGCAGAAGCAGACACCACUGAGUUCUGUGGAUCAUAUUCCCAGGUAAAUUUACAAAGGAUCGCAGUCUUAGAAUCACAGUAUAGGGUUAGCAACAGUUGGACAACAGGUAGUAUUUUGUACCUAGAAUAUAGAAGAUUUCUCACAUCUGCUACACAUGCACACCCCUAUUUGAACUUUCAGUAAAUAAGGUUCAUAUCAUGCCAUUAGGUACCAUGAUACCAUCAUUGGUUAGAUCAUUUAACAUAGAUACGUAGAGGCUAAUGAAGGAGGAAACCCAUUGCAGUUUUGAACCAAUCUUUAUAAUUUGUUGCUGUUAUCAUGGUGGGACUGGGCUUUGCAGCUGGCUGUUAGAAACCAAAAAUUCAAAACCUAGCCCAGCCAUUCAUUAUAGGCAGAACCCUGCUUCCGAUAUGAAAUGAUACUUGCUGGAUAUUUGAAGGUGUUGGAAGUACCUGACAAGAGUAGGGACAGUACACAGUGGUUUUGUAUGUAAUCAUGCAAAAUAAAAGCAAGCAUGAUUAAGCCUUUGAGAAAGGUCUGCUGUCCUCAGCUACAACAUUCUUUCUUGGGUACAUGUCUUUAAAGUGGAGCCUUGGAUGCCAAUUUACACACUAAAAUCAAAUUUGCUCACAUGCAGAAACACUGGCUAUCUGAAAUAUUCCUUUAACAGGCAUUAUUGUUAUCUGGCUAUCAUUUGCCGCUGACAUGUUUAGACAGGAUCUUUAACUUACAGUGCUGGCUUCCUGUUUUCUCCCAGAUCCAGCACAAGCCUGCCCUUGCCUUCAAAGACCUUCAUGGCCUUCUUCUCCUUGAAUUUGUGUCAAUAUCUUACUGGAGAGUCCAGCACUAGCUCAUGGGGUCUGGAGGCAAAGGCACCGGAGGGCAGUCUCGCUCCUUUGCGCUGAGGUUCUCCCCUCAAUUUCUUCUUUUUAAAGUGUUUUUAAGUCCAAUUCUAGUGUGAGGAAACCCCCUUUUGCGCCGCUGAGCCUCUGCUCCUGGGAAAUCCACCCGAAUAGGGCAACUUACGCCUCCUCUUGCUCCUGCUUCGCCUCUCCAGGUGCCGGGUCUGUCUCGAGCAGCUCAGAGCUCAAACUCUGACCCGACGCUGAGCACGCUGUUCCGGAAGCCUUCUCUCUUCUCUUCAAAUCUCUUUGGCUUGGCUCAACUCCCUAGUUCUCAUGCUAGCUAUUGUAGUCUGCAGCUAAACUUAAAUGCACCUGACUGAAGCAACUGCAUUCUGCUUCCUUGUCUCCAUUUGCCUCUCCUUCCCUUUGUGUUUCCCUGUUUCAAUUUUGAGAAAACAAUUGUUACAACAGUAAACAACACAUAACUUGUCCUGACAAAAUUGCAGGUUUUUUAUAAAAAAAAAAUCAUGCCAUGUGUUAAAUUUUCAGUGGAUGUAUUACACUUUCUUGUGGUAAAAUAAAACAUAUGCUUGUACUGUCUAAUACUUAUCAUGUAUUUUUAUUAUGAUCCCAUGUGGAUCAGUUGAAUUCAAAACAAAUUUUAAACGUCAGGAAUAAAACCUCAACAUUGGCUUUAUGGUGCUGGCAAAGGGGGAAAGCAAGAUUGAUUGAAACUAGUUUUUCAUUUUAUAAUUGGUAUAUUGUAUAGUUAUUAUAGUUGAUUAAACACUGGUUUGCCACCAAAUGGAGCUUGUAUGCAACUUAGGCGCACAAUCAGGGCAUUUCCUUGUGUAUUAUACAUGCCCCUUGCAGUGCUUAGAGACAAGUGGGAGGGAGGCUGAUAGAUAUGUCUAUCUCUCCUGUACAUAUGCAAAAAUACCAAACAAAAUAAUUUACUUGAAGAUUAAAGCCAGGGUCAAAAGAACCAUGAAAUUCUUUCAGCUUAUUUUUAUUGAACAGCAGCCUCCAAACUGAGGACAGUUUCAAAAGUACUUGGGUAUGAUAUGCAUGUGUUUUGUGUAUGUGUGAUCUGUUUGAUGAAAAUAUUCAUCUGGGGUAGUACAAACCUCUUGUAUGAGCCUGUUACUCUUUAGAUUCUUGCCUCGGUGCCCAAACUUUCCAUAAUUUGCCAUCAAAGUAGACCUUUUUUGACAUUUGUGAUGCUUGACCGAAAGGGUGUAUUUUACCCAGUAACAUUUUAAAUAUAUAUUUUUAUAUAUAUUUUAUAUGUAUAUAUUAUCAACUUCUAUAAAUAUAAAGAAAAACAACUUUCGUUCAUGGAGAGCAUGAGUACAGCAUCAAAUUACUUAGGUAUUACUUAACACAGCUACUUCAAGGAAAAACAUCCACCAUAAAGUUUCAUUUACGAUAAGCAUCUCUGUACCCGUUUAUAUAACUAAUGAAUGGAAACCAAGUUACAUCAAAGUGAUCACGUUUAGACAUGCCUCUUAUUUUUACCCAGUAACUUGAUAUUUUGCAUAGAGAGACACACUUUAACUCAGCUGGCUUGACUAGAGGGUAAUGGACGAAGUUUUAAUACAGAAUUGACAUAGACUUUUAUCAUGUGUUGGGUUUAAUUGUUGUCCUCUCUGGCUUCUCCUUUCCCACUGGUGGCUGCUAUCUUCUGCCUUGCAUGUGACUCAGGUCCUUGUUGAUAUCUUUGUUGUUAAGUGGAUAUAUUUGUUCUUGUGUAUUGGCUGUUGUUACAAGUUGUAUCCAGCUAAGUCAUGGCUCAUGGCUCAGUCGGUAGAGCAUGAGACACUUAAUCUCAGGGUCAUGGGUCCAAGCCCCACAUUGGACAAAAGAUUCCUGCAUUUCAGGGGGUUCACUGGGUUCAAUGGCUCUUGUGGUCCCUUCUCACUCUACAAUUCUGAUUCUUUGACUCAUAAGUCAUGCUCAGAGUAGACCAGCUGAUAUCAGUGGACUAAUAUUAGUCAAACCCAUUGAUUUUAGCUCGAGUAUGACUUAGUUCAUUUACGUUAAGUUCAGUGUUAAAUUUCAGCUUAUGAUUAGGAACACUACUAAAAAUCCUCACUUGUCAAAUAAGCUCUCAAAGAGUGGAGAACCUGUGACCUUCCAGAUGUUGUAGGACUGAAACUCCCAUCAGCCCUAGCCAACAAAAACCUGCAGGAUCACAGGCUUCUCAUUCCUGAUGCACGAGAACUGAAUAACUUACAGCUUCUUGUAUAGGCUAUCUUCUCAUUGACCUGUCUUUUUAAUAAAAUUACAGAGCACUUGUAAUAUUUUGCACCAAUAAAAAUAUACUUGCCUGCUUUUUUGCCAAUGAACACAUUCUUAUUUCCUCAUUCAGUCUCCACUCCUAAGAAAUAUAUUCUUUAUAAUCACGAGCAAGUUGGAACUUGGGUAAAAGAAUUAUUUCUCUGUAGCCAGUGACUCAUAACAGUACAAUAGCAAAUAAUAUUUUGUUUGCAAGCAAUCAGUGUGGUUAUAGGCUGUCUUCGAGGGAUAGACAUGUGUGUAUUAAAUAGUGUAUUCAACUGUGUCUUGCAGGUUAAAAGGUAGUUUGAAAGUUAAUAAUGGCCACUUAGUUGAAAAUUCAUCUGAUGGAAAGCUACUUGAUUAUUAUAAAUCCUUAAAUUCCAUAAUAUACCUUCAGAUACAUAUGCUAGUUGUGUAUGAAUGCUUGCGGUGACAUGCUUUUCAGAUUCUGAAUAAGUUUUGUUUACUACUUGUACAACAAGAUUCUAAAGGCAUCGUAUUUGUAUACUGUACAAUAUUGUGUAGUAUAGCAUAGCAUGCUUGUAGCAGAAUCCACUUACACAAGCUUCCGCAGCUUCUGAAGCUCCUGCAGCCAAUCAGAAGCCGUCCUUUGGUUUCUGAAUGUUUUGGAAGUCGAAUGGACUUCCGGAGCAGAUUCUGUUCAACUUCCAAGGUACGGCUGUAUUUAAUUUCAGGAUCCUCACAAUUGCCAGAGUUUUAAACUCUUUUAAUAAGGUGUUUUUAAAUCACUGUAAGCAAACGAGGGUCCUUUUGGUGAAGAAAUGGAAUAAUAAUUGUUAUCAGAAUGAUCUGUAGAACAUCAAAACCUUGAGCUGACCAGACUUUAUUGGCAAGUUGCAUUGUGUUGUGUGUUUUCACAUGGCAUAUGCUGACCUUACACUAGAGCAAGAGUUCCAAAACCCUGGAAUGUGGGGCUCGAACCCACAACCCUGAGAUUAAGAGUCUCAUUCUCUACUGACUAAGCUAUCCCUCUGCAGUGUGUCUGUGAAGAACACGUAAAAUUUUUAAUUCUAUAGAAUUCAAAUUGCACUGCAAUAAAAUGCAAGAAAGAAAGAAAAGAAGCGAUACAAAUUCAAUUAAAAAUGGUACGGCAUUCAACGCAUCACAUUACAGUUGCAACUGCGGACAGGAAAACAACCAUCAAGUGGUCUUUCAAUACCAUCAACCAUUUUCAAGUGGUCUGUGGGGAAAAUGUUUGAGAGCCACUGCACUAGAGGGCAGUAUUUUACUGCUAAAGACCUUGUUGUUGGCUUCUUGAAAGUUCAGAUCUAACGAAUCUUCAGUUUGCAACAUUGCUGUUCUUCCCCCCUUAAAAAAAACAAAAAACAAACAUUCUCUAGGAAAUAUGAUACUACUAUAUUCAGGUUCUCCCUGUCGAGGACCAAAUAUGUCUUCAGUGCAGGAGAAGUUAAUUAUGUCUGAUUGUCAACAAGAAUCAGUUUGUAGGUAGCAAGGAUACUAAAUGGCAGCUUAUAGCUGGAACCCAGAAGUCUUAGCUGACUCCUUUUAACACCGGUAUUUUUGAUACUAAAUUCUUUUACCAGUAUUUGAAGUUCUCUCAGCUAUUCAGCUGAACAAGCUAUUUGCUGUGCUCUUGGCAAGAAUGAAGGAACUGAAGAAGUAGUGCAUUGGCUUUUACUGGGAGUUCUGCUGCUACUGUAUUGCUUGGGAUGGAUCUGAAUCACAGGCGGUCUCUGAAUCUGUUUUAGGGAAUUUUUGUAAUUAUAUUUGAAUGCUGAUUAAUGUUCGUUGUUUUGUAGCCUUUCCUGGGAUCAUGAAUGUGAAAAAGUGCUAUAAAUAUAUAUUUUAAAAAUCUGAUCAUCAUAAUAAUCUUUUAUAUUAUUAUUUUAAAGAAAAACACACCAAAAUAGCCUUCAGUUAAGUGUAGUCAUCUUUCUGCCCAUGAAAAUAGGGACUUGUGGUUAUUCUUAACAUGGGUUUACACUGGAAACAGAAGGUUCCUCCUCCCCUCCAAUAUAUUGAAGCAAACUAUCUAUUUUCUCUUUAGGCACCACCUUCCAUGGUCAAUAAUGAACAACGUCAGCAUGCUGAACACAUAUUCUUAUCAUUUAGAAAAUCAAAAUCGCCAUUUGCUGUUUGCAAGCAUAUUUUAGGUAAGUCCUUAUGUGUGUAUUCAGCUGAAUAUUCAAAGUGUAUCACUAAGACAGAUUCAUUGGACCAUUACAUCGCUUGCCUCUUUGUGUGUUGGUGUGUUUGAGAAAUGCUGCUGUCUGCGUGCCAGAUUGGACCUGGGGUUUUCACUCUGCAGUCCUUUGCACACUUAACCAAAGAGUAAGUUGCCCCAGAUAUCAGUGGGGCUCCUCAGCCCCUGAUUUAAAGGUCAAUAUUCACUGAAACGGGGGGAAUUGAGUUAGGGACCAGCAAGUCCACUCUUUUGCCAGCUGUAACAAGCAAGACACCAAUUUAUGUAAUUCUCUGUAAAUCAUUGUCACUGCCCUGGCACCCUGUGGUGUCAUUUUGUUAUGAAUUAGUUGCUUUUGGUGAUGAUGGUUUUGGGUUUUUAAAUGUUUGUCUUGCUUUUUUCCACCAAUGGUGCUCAAAGUAGCUUACAGUAAUUGGCAGAUAUUAAACCAAAAUGAAACAAAAAUUACAUUUUUUAAAGAAAAAUCUGUUUAAUUAAAAGAGCACCUUACAAACAUAAAAGAGCCGAAUUGAACAAAAAAUUGAGUUACAUGGCACCUAAAUUACAGUGAUGUUCGCACCAAGCAGUUUUCAUUGGGGAAGGUAUUUCAAAGACAUAGUGCCAGUACAGAAAAGGCUCUGGGUAGUGUCCAGCAAAGUCAUACACAGAGUAGACCCUGCCUUUUGUCUCUAGUCAGCAUCCACCUGGCUUGAAAAAGCAAGGGCACCCAAAAAUGAUGUUCUAAAUCAGGCUUCCUCAACCUCGGCCCUCCAGAUGUUUUUGGCCUACAACUCCCAUGAUCCCUAGCUAGCAGAACCAGUGGUCAGGGAUGAUGGGAAUUGUAGUCUCAAAACAUCUGGAGGGCCGAGGUUGAGGAAGCCUGCUCUAAAUCACCCUUCUCUAACCUGGCACCCUCAGUGCAGUGCUGGCUGUGUCUGAUGGGAGCAUCUAGAGGGCACCAGGUUGGGGAAGCCUGCUUUAAAUGAAAAAACAUUAUGACCUGCCAGUUGCCACUUAAUUCUGAUUGGGAAGCCCUUUUAACGUGCUCGGUUUGUGCUAACUGUGUUUAAUCGUGGCGGGUUUGUGUAACCAGUGCCUUCUAGGUUAGUUCCUGUGGAUUGCAAACUUACCAUUUUGGAUCUCUCCGGCAGAAACUAGUAAAGUGGACUAUGUCCUUUUUCAAGCUGCCACGGCGAUCAUGGAAGCAGUUGUACGAGAAUGGAUUCUGUUGGAAAAAAGUAGCAUCGAGUCCCUACGAACAUUCCUUUUAACAUAUGUCUUACAAAGACCUAAGUAAGUAGUACUGCUAAAAAAAUACAAGUGUGCCAGUUCUAAAAAAAUACUGUAAGUGUUCCUGUUCAGAUAUAUGGAACCCAGUCAAUGAGAAAAUGCCUUCUGUUUUCAUGGGGAGGAGCAUAGUUUAUUGAUAAGAUCAUGUGGUUUGCAUGCAGAAAGCUGCGGGUUUCAGGUAGCAGGUGACAGGGAAAACUCCUUGCCAGAGAACUGUAGAGAGCUGCUCCCAACCAGUAUAGACAAGAUUUGACUAGAUAGACCAAUGACUUGAGUCCCUAUCUGCAUAUACAUAUAAAACAGUAGCAUGCCACUUUCAACAGUCGCAGCUACCCCCAAGGAAUCCUGGGAACUGUAGUAUUUUAAGCUUCCUGAGAGUUGUUAGGAGACCCCUAUUCCCCUCACAGAGCUACAGUUCCCAGAGUUCCCUGGAAAGAGGAACUGGCUGUUAAACCACUUCUGUUGUCUGCAGGGUUUUCUGCUUUGCCAACACAUUCCCCACAGGAAGCAUGCUGCCAAAACGGAGCACAGCAGGAUUGAACUCCGCGCUCCUGCCCAUCAGCUGACAUUGCUCAGCAGCGGGCCGGUCCACUGUCCCUCAAACCUUGUGGGAGGCCGGACUAUAAUUUGAAGGAAAAAAAUGAACAAAUUGCUAUGCCCCACAAAUAACCCAGAGAUGCAUUUUAAAUAAAAGGACACAUUCUACUCGUGUAAAAACACGCUGAUUCCCAGACCAUCUGUGGGCCAGAUUGAGAAGGCUAUUGGGCCGGAUCCGACCCACAACUAGAUGAUCCUCAGGUUCCCUUCCAGCUCUACAAGUCUAUGAGAUUGUAAAAUCAUUGGCAUUCUAUUCAGUCAGAUGGAUGCUGUCUGUGCUACUUAUAUUAACCAUGGGGAAUUCAAUACCAUAGGGGCUAAAGAAGUUUGCAGUAACUUAAAAGAAACAUCUCUCAGAGAUUGCAGCUAAUGUUCCAGAUAACGUGCAACAAUUAAUGCACAAGAGAACCAGGCUCAAAGCAGCAGCAGACCAAACAAUUCAGUUCCAGGGGUGGGGUGGGGGAACCUUUGGUCCACUAGAUGUUACUGAACUACAACUCCCAUCAGCCCCAGCAAGCAUUUUCAAAGGCCAAGGGUGAUGGGUUGUAGUUCGGCAACAUCUAGAGGACCAAAGGUUCCUAUCCCUGCUCUACUCCAAGAGCAGUACAGCUAAGGAUUUUACUUUAUAAGUCUUAGAACAGUUGCCUUGAUUCUGAAUAUUAAUUUUUUGAAAUUUUUAUUUGCAGCCUCCAGAAGUAUGUGCGGGAGCAGAUAUUGUUAGCCGUAGCGGUAAUAGUGAAACGAGGGUCCUUAGACAAAUCAAUUGAAUGCAAGAGCAUUUUUCAUGAAGUCAGCCAGUUGAUAAGCAGCGGCAACCCCACAGUGGUAAGUUCCUGCUUUUUAAAAUGUAUUUCAACCCAUCUGCCCAAACCUUUCCUCGCAAACUUAAGGCACUUAAAAACUGAAUCUGGUGAGUUGCACCUGGUGAGGCCUGGUCUACACAUGCAGCAGAAUGUGGUUGCAGAGUGCACUAUGUCUCUUCAGCCUGCAUCUGAGAAAUCAUAUACUUGUGAUUUUCCUGCAAGUAGAAAGUUAGCACAGCAGAGAGUGGAGUGGGAUGGAAUACCCUUUUUUUCUGAUAUUCUGGAGCUUUACUUGGCAAGGAUUGCUAAAACCUGUAGUUUGAAGAGACAGCCCACUUGACCACUUCAUCCUGCUGCAUCUGUAGGCCAGGCUGAAGUUGUUGCUUGAGUAGAAUUUUGCCAUUAAGUGGGAAAAAUGAACUAGCAAUUGUGAAAUGAAUUUAGUUAUGGUAUGGUAAUAAAUUAAAUCCCACUACUCUGCCACGAAGUGAGAUCAUUCUGCUUUGAUUCAAAUUUGACACUUAAAUACAACACAAGGGAUAUGUUAUUCUCCCAGUGAUUCAUUGUAGAGCUCUCAUUCGCAUUAUUAAUGUGACAACUUCAUUUGAAUGUUAGCACUGAAGCACUGAACUUGUUUGAAGAGCCACAACAGUUUGAUAUCAAAGUGGAUUUUCCAUUGGCAAGCAUUGUUUCCCUUGCACUCAGUUCAAUUUGCAUCUGUCCCUUGCUGUGUCCUGUCUAUGAUUCAGCUGUUGGAAUUGUCUGAGGGAAGACCUUUUCCAUUCCCUGGGGAAGUGGUGUGGUCGGGCCGAAGGGGUGGGUGUGUGCCGGCGCAGAACUGAAAAUGGCAAUACAAAAUUUACUCGUGUUACAUUCUUAGAAUCCAAUGAGGAAAUAUCCUCCAGCCUCUCUGAAGCUCUAAAUAGAUUUCCAGUACCUUAUUUCCACUUGUGUGCCUUUAGAGUUCAAUUCCACACACUAAGCCAGAAGAUAAGGUUUAAAAAGUUCCGUUGUGGAAAUAAGCCAUCUAGAUUUCAACCUGAAACCUUUCCUAGUUAAAGCCAAAUAAGUUGAAAUGCUUAUCUGCGACUAAUGCUUGUCCAAAGAUAAGAUUUGUAUGUUUGUUUUCCCCAGAUGAAAUCUAUGCUACAGGUUCUGUGAGCCAACUAACAAAAAAUACUGAAGGGUGUAUAGUGAGAAUAAUGCAACUCCUAUCGCAGUGCUACAAAAAGCGCAAAUAUGUAUAAAACCCAAAUCAUUGCUUGAAGGGGGGUGUGGGUGUGUAUGUAUACAGUUGUGCCUUGGAUCCCAAACGCCUUGGUACUCAAACAUUUUGGCUCCUGAAUGCCGGAAACUGGAGUGUUCUGGUUUGCAAACGUUCUUUUGGAACCUGAAUAUGCGACGGGGCUUCUGCGGCUUCUGAUUGGCUUCCUGCAGCCAAUCAGAAGCCGCACUUUGGUUUCCUAACAUUUUGGAAGUCGAACUGAUUUCCGAAAAGGAUUCCGUUCGACUUCCAAGGUUCAACUGUAUAGGAACUGCUGGCUUUUGCAUGGUUAGAAUGUAGCCCCACUAUACAAAGGGACUCUGGCUCUCCCCACUUUCCCUCUGGCCCUGACCACUGCUGGCAUGUGGCCCCUAGAAUGUUGUACACAGUGGACUAAGAAGGGUUCCUUGUCCUUGUUUUCGGGAGGGAAGCUAUGCGGGAAGCCUUUAGACCAGCGUGGGAGCAAUUGGGGUAACAACUGAAGAGGCCCCAGAUUUGCAUCAUGCAAUAACAGCCAGAUCAAAGAGCACUUUGAGUUUUUCCAAAGAACCCAACAAAGUCCUGCAUGUGAUGUAGAGCAGUGCUGGAUCAGCUCUGUUUUUUCAGGAGCAAUUCUUGGGGACAGAUCUUCUCCGGAUCGUUGCUCAGGGGUUGGGAGUGUGUAUCUUGCCACACAAAUUGAGCCAUUUGUGAAUUAGUCAGUCUCCACAAUAAAGUGUGUUUUAUCAAACAGAAAAUGUUCUCACUUUUACAGAGCAAGCGUACUCAAGUGUACCAUUCUAUGCAAACACAUGCAUUUUUAAUUACAUGGAUCUCGUGUACCGAAUUGGGAAGAGAUGCAAUAUUGCAUGUGUUGAUUAUUUCUGCUUUAUAACUGGAAAACAUUUUUCUAUUCCUUACAAGUAAAAUUGGGCAAUAUUUUUUUUGAGCCGUUAAUUCACAGGACUACCAGGCACCACAUAGAAUUGAUUCAGAGGCCUAAUUCUGCUCAUUGACCAUCAUUGAUGAAAAGGUUUACACAUUUCUGGUUAUUCAAAAAGCCCUUGAUGAACUGCAAAAUACAUCUUAUACAGAGGUGUCUAAAACACCAUUCACUUGUUCUAUGAGCUGAGGAGGGUGGACCAAACUGCCUAUAUAACUAGAAGCACCAAUCAUGAAAGUUUCUACCUCUUGUAAUCUGUUGCACUAUAGCCUGCUUCAGUCUCUGAUGGACAGAGCUUCUGCUAAAAAGCCAGUGACUAAUUUUAGUCAGCUUAAUUCAUGCUUUCCAUCACUGAUUCCAAGAUGCUGAGGAAAUGUAUGUGGGAGAGACUCCUCUUAACCACAGAUGCCUGCAGUUCCUUGGCCCUGGACCUUGGUACUCUUUCUGCUUUUGCUAUUUGAAGGAUUCCCCUUUCUGAGACCUAAAGUACAAAUGCAUCAUACUCUCAUGUGUGUGUGUGUGUGUUGCUUCCUUGCUUCUAGCUGCCUGGGGAGCUGCCUCAUAUUAAUACAUAAAAAUAGUCUGCUCAAUAUGUCAAACACUGCUUCUAAUGUGUUGAGUGAGCUGUGUACUCUUGGAAAGUUUCAAAGCAGAGGAGGAGGGUAAAGGUGUUCAUGAUGGGCUGUGGAAAACUUUGGAACGGGUUGAAAUCAGCAUUUCGGUAAAGGAUUGUGAUAAACUGGAACUAAAAAUUUGUUCCUCUCCCGCAUAAAAUGUGUUCUAAGGAAGCAAUUUUUAAAAACACUUUGUAAUUGAACAAAAUCUCAUCCCAGUUUUGUUUUUUAAAAAUUGAAUUUAUUUAAGUACAGUCAUGAAGCAAAAGUUUCAGUGAAAAAUUCUGAGCCAGCUGUUACAUUUUGUGUCCUUUGGGGGUGCCUUAUUAAUAGCAUGAGAGAUAGAAGCUCUGUUCAGCUAUAACACGAACCGGUGGUUUGCUGCUACACAGACCAGCCUCAUGUUCCUCCUCCCCCUUGCACUUUGCAGAUCAAGUUGCUACUUUUAUUGUUGCAUUUGAACAUUAAGCUAUGGUUUGUGCCUGCCCUCCAAACCAGGAUUGGACCCCACUGUUUGAAGCUGGUUUGUGUUCUGCUUUGGAACAGUAGCACAACCACAGUAUGUCCGUUUGGAUGCAGUGUUUUGUGGAAAUGGGCAAAGGAAGUUACUCGUGGGAUCUGAACUUGCACAGAGCAAGUUCUGAUUUUGGAAAUUUAAAAGCUUGAAAACCCUAACCUACUAGGAAAUGUAUAGAGGGGUAACUCUUUAAAGUGGAAGAAGAGGAUCUGAGAACAUGCAAGCAAGCUGCUUCUUUAUGUAUCGAGAACCAGACCAAACAGUUUCAGAGGAAAAUUGCAGCAGCAUCACCACGCAAAACUAACUCAUAGACAGAACAAAGUGGAAUGGAUGACAGUUAGAAAUCUUGCCAGUGGGAAUAUAUUGUUCCCGUCACUGAAGCAGGCAAGAAGGCAGGCUAUCACUUGGAGCAAUUUUGUCCAUGAAGUGCCUUGUAAAUUUGUAAAACAGGCUGCACAGUGAAUGCUGGCAAACAUUAGCGCUGCUAACUUUAACAGAGGUUGACAUCGAAACGUGGUAGCCGCCACUGAUAGGGCGUCACAUUGUAGUCUAGAAUAUAGUUCAGUACACAUAGGACAGUUCGGCCAUAUUGGAAUUGAUAAGCGCGCGUCCCCACCCUUGAUAACAGUUCUACUAUGAAGCAAUGGAACCCCUAAGGCUUUGUACCGAUGCUUUUUCUAUAUAAAGCAGAAGUGGAGUCUUGAAACAUUUUAUUUAUUGCGUUUAUACAUGACCUUGUUGCCAAGUCACCCAAGAUGGUUUGCAACCUUAAAAUAUCAAAGCAAAUGAUACAGAACGGCAGAGCAGAGUCCUUCCAGGCUGACUGAUGGUCCUUUGGGGACCAUUUGGCAUGAUCUCCUUGGUCUGGGCCUUCCUCACAUCUGCCUUCCUUCGGGGCACACAGAUCUGAAGUAGCAAGAGGGUGAAGGGGCACAAGCGACCUGAUAGUUGCUUCAGGAGCAGUGGCAUGUGGCCCAUAGGAGCCUGGGCUGCUUAUCUUCUUUCUUCCCUCAGGGCACACAGAUCUUAAGUUUUAUGAUCUAGAAGGGUCCUGUCCCUUCACUCCAGUUGUAAAAGACGCCAGGCAAAAACAUUCCUCUUCAGUUAGGCCUUUGCUGUCAGAAUCUAUGACCUUUUAAAUGUACGUGGGGUGUGGGUGUGUUAUUUUUUAAUUAUUAUUAUUAUUAUUAUGCUACACAUUUUUGUGGGGGGUCCUUUUGGUGCAUGAUUUUAUGUUGUAAACCACCCUGUGAUCUUCAGACGGUGGGCGGUAUAUACAUUUAGUAAAUCAAAACGUAAAAUAAAAUAACCUGUGUUUUAUAAAUUGGAGCUGGAAAUAGUGCAACAGCAAACGAAAGCCCAAGGGGCUUCUUCAUGCUUACCCUUCUUCUCUAAGGCCCAGAUUAGUAAUGUUGGUGCUUUCCGCCCACAACAUGCAAGGGAAAAGGAAGGGGAAGCAAAAUUGCAUAGCCCACAGACAGAUGGCACAACGAAACCUCAUGUGUUAAAGCAGGUAAUUUAGUACAAAGAUAAAUAAACAAGGCAUGGUUCAGUAAGAGACCUAUAUAAAUACUAAUACGUGUAAACUGUAUAAAAAUAGAUAACCCAAUGCAAUUUCAAGAAGUGUUGCCAAAUUUAGCCCUCUUCAGGCAUCUGUGCUCCUGUUACUAAUAGUGUUUUGAAGAAAAAUGAAAAUACAUCAAGAAAAGAUAAAUGGAGCAGUCUGUCAGUGGACCAGUUUUGUGUAGCUAGGUCUUAAGCGAGAGAAGCUGGGGAGCUGGUGGGUGCUGAUUGAUAGGCCAGUGUGCUGUAGCAACUAGAGUGCUGGACUAGGGCCUAGGAGACGAGAUUCAAAUCCCCACGAAGCUCAGUGGAUGACCCUGGGCCAACCAGCACCUCUUAGCAUAGCCUCCCUCACAGGGAUGUUGUGAGGGAAAGCUCCUCCUUGAAGGAAAACUGAGAUAUCAAGGUAGUAAUAAAUACUAGAAAAAGAAAAUAAAGGCGAACGCUUUGUUGUUAUGUUACACUAACCUAUAUAAAGCCACAAAUGUUUAUAGUGGGGUUUUUUCUUUGCUAGCCUGCUUAACUAACUGCCUGUGGUUACCACUUUUAUUUAUUUAUUUCCAUUCAUGACUAGUUUAACAUAGAGGAAAGAAAUAAAAAGUGAUAGCCUUAAAAUAAAAACAUCAGCAGUAAAAACAAUUUCCUAUGUAAGAAUAAUUCUAAAUUCAGUAAGGCUACGGACUGGAAUUAUUUGGGCAUUGAUAUCAGAGCACCCUAAGCUGAGAGAUGGUUGUCUAGACACGAUGCCUGUAGCUGAAAGGGGAGAAAUGUCUCCGGUUAACCAGUUACCUCUUGUUUUCAUGCAGCUACAUACAUACACCCUAGUUUAUGAACCUGAAUUUGUGGGUUGAUUCCUUGUUUGGUCUAUUGUUAACUACUUGAUGACAUGCUAACUCAAACUCUUAACUAAUGUUUUUUAAAAAAAUUAUCACCCGAAUGCAUAAUUCAGCUGUAAUGAAAUUCAAUUCAAGUCACAUUUACUCAGUGUGCAGGAUUUCUUGGGGAGAUCCUUCUUUUCUGAAAAGCACCCAUUCAACACCCAGCUAGCGCAGAGAGCGUGUGUGAGGGUUCUCAUUGACUUGAGUAGCAGCUGGAUUUAACCCCAGAACAUCUAAACAGUACAUAUGAUUCAAGAUCAACUGAAAAAGAGAAGCUGUAUUUACCACUUUUUCAUCUGAGGAAGGUUGCAUAAGGACAAGGACUUAAAACAAAAAGCUACUUGUUGAAGUUGCUGUUCUAGAAAACGGUUUGCUUCCAGAACGCCCAUGUUAGUUCCAGAGCUUCCUUGUUUCACUGUGCCUGCUUCCUCCCGCUGUAUUAGUUGCAAGUAAUUCUUGAGUGGUGUUAUCAAAUACUUCCUGCGUUCUUAGACAUCAGCUAACAAUGACAAUAUGGAUUUCACAGAAGCAUUUCAGAAGAACAGCCACCCUAUAAAUCAUCUUGGCAGUGUCUGAAAAUGAUUUAAGACAGCAGGAUUAGCUUCAGAUGCUGCGAUAACACAACUGUGAAGCCUCUUGGCCCUAAGUGCAGCACUCUCUUUGCUUUAGAUAUAAAGAGGAAAACACACAUACACACAGGCGUUUUCCAAAGGGAUUUCACUGUUUUCUGUUUUGAGAAGCACUAGCAAAGGCAACUGGUCAAAGCAAAGCGAUCCUUCUUCGCCUGCUGCGGACUAGGAUGCACAUGUCCGAUGGAGACACAACAGUUUUAGCUGCCGAAAUUAAUUCUCCGAUCAGAUUCUGUGUUUUGGACAGGUGUGCACUCUCCCCUCUAUUUUCCUAAACAGUCUUUGAACUCUUAUCCCUUUCAUCCUCUGUAACCUAACCACUCUCAAAUAAAGCGGUGCGCGUAUGCCAUUGACAGUCCCAGACACAAGUGUGAAAUCCCUUCAAACAUUCAUUCUGGCUUUAUCAUUCAGUUUAAGUGACAUUCUUUUCUGAAGGCACGAGUCACACUUUUGGUAAGAGCACGGCAGCAUGCAGAAAUAAUUCAUACUAUUUCUCUUAUAAUAAAAGAGUGUAUAUAUAUAUAUUUAUAUAUAUUUUGCAAAGUAGCAUUGUUGGGUUCAUUAGAUCCUAAAUUUAAACAACAAUCAUAAUUGUCUGGGACCACUUUUCUUCCACUGGGUGUCUGAUUGCCCAGUUAAUCUCUCUUAGCACAUUCUCAUUGAUCUUCUGUUAGAGCAGCUGAAAGUCUCUUUUAAGCAUGGCAAACUUUUAUAAAGUAUAUUCCUGGUAGUAAAGCCCAACUGGGGUAAGUGCCAGGCUAUUCUAAGAGACAAUUCACUCUGCAAACAAGAGAACUAUUUUAUUUUGUCAGAUGGGGUUAUUGUUUGGGUAUGUAGUUUGUUCAUGUGGUGGAACUAAUGAAAUUUCUGGUGGGUGAGACAAACUAGUUUCAUGAGGUACAAUCUUUACUGGUAUGAAGCUAAUGUACUGUCUCCAGUUACACACUUUAGGUCUUUUUCCUUAACCAGGGUUCGAGGUGGAUUUGCAAACUUUGUUUAGCAGGCAAUUCUAGGCAGUUUUAACCAUUGUUUGGGCCAGUGCUGACCAAGCUGCACAGCGUGGUUAAAGCAAAUCAUAGAAGGAAGAGAGAAUUUGGGGAGGGGAAGGAGAAAACCUGUGAGAUGACAGCACACGGAUCUGCCAACCAUGGUUAGUAGAUCAGGAAUAUUACCUCUGCGCCAGUCUGUUAUAGUGAUGUAAAAUACUACUAUGGAGACUUAACAAAAAUGAAAGGACUGAAAUCAUCAGAUACUGUUUGAAGUAUAUGAGAAUAUAAGGAAAGGAUAGAGACCUGCUGCCCAGCACUUAAAUUUGUUGAAAUUUGCUUUUGUAGUAGACUUAUCAGGAAGCAAGCACACCAGAAUUCAGUACAAUGCAUGAAUGGGCCAAAGCCAUGCACUGCAGCAGUAGACAAUAAGUAUUUCUAGAAAAUAAAAUAAAGCUUUUUGCUUGUUUGUUUUGGCUGUGGAGUCCAAACUCAGUAUUCUAAUUUUCCACUGAAUUCCACUUAAAUGCAUAUUUAAUCUAAAGGUAUCUUUUUCUUUUUCUUUCUUUUUUUCUUGAAUUGUCUGGGAUUUAUAUAGCUAAGAAGAAUGUUAAUUUUGUGUAUACUAGCUGAGAUAACUAGCUCUCUGUGGGGUCAAGGUACUGGCAUCAGAGGCAUUUCUGAACAAAGAUGUCGCAGUGGUGGGUGGAUGGCACUACUGUCAGCUGUUGCAUGACCUCGCAUAAAUAGUAUCAUCACGACUUUAAUCUUUCGGGUGUUCAGAGGUAGUGUGCAUAUUUCCGUUUAACCCCUGGACACUUGCCGGCAUGCAUGACCCUUUAACAAUUCCUGUUCCUCUGUCCAUCCUUGGCACCUUGGCUCCAAAUAGUCUAGGAAUAAAGCCAGUAGUUGUAGACAUCUAUUGUGCACACAACCAUUGUGAAGAGCAAAACAAUGGAAUACAGGACAUUUAAUGUAUGAUAUAGAGGACCUAUAAAUCGCUCUCCCUUGCAGAAAUAGGUAUUGUGACACUUAUCGCCAAAGGUAAGGUAAAGGUAAAGGUACCCCUGCCCUUGCGGGCCAGUCGUGUCCGACUCUAGGGUUGUGCGCCCAUCUCACUUAAGAGGCCGGGGGCCAGCGCUGUCCGGAGACACUUCCGGGUCACGUGGCCAGCGUGACGAAGCUGCUCUGGCGAGCCGGCACCAGCACAACACAUGGAAACGCCGUUUACCUUCCCGCUAAAAAGCGGUACCUAUUUAUCUACUUGCACUUAGGGGUGCUUUCGAACUGCUAGGUGGGCAGGAGCUGGGACCGAAAGACGGGAGCUCACCCCGCCGCGGGGAUUCGAACCGCCGACCAUGCGAUUGGCAAGCCCUAGGCACUGAGGUUUUACCCACAGUGCCACCCGCGUCCUAUCACCAAAGGUACCAUUUGGUAUUUGAAAGUUCGCCUUAAACGUAAAGCUUGACCCAUUUGGAACAAGAGUAUACACCUUUAAUGGAGUCUGGAAGAUCUGUGAACUUCAGUGCAUCUGGAAAUUUUGGUGAUGAACUAAACGAAGUUCACUACUACAGAUUUUAGAGGAAUUCAUUCACAUAGGUAGGGUUUUCCUAUCCAGGUACUGGCCUGGCCAAGACCUGUUUAGCUACCAAGAUAAAACAGCAACAGACAUUUGUCUGGAAAAUUCAAAUACAGUGGUACCUCUGGUUACGUACUUAAUUCGUUUUGGAGGUCCGUUCUUAACCUGAAACUGUUCUUAACCUGAAGCACCACUUUAGCUAAUGGGGCCUCGCGCUAUUGCUGCGCUGCCGCUGACCAAUUUCUGUUCUCAUCCUGAAGCAAAGUUCUUAACCCGAGGUACUAUUUCUGGGUUAGCGGAGUCUAUAACCUGAAGCGUAUGUAACCUGAAGCAUAUGUAACCCGAGGUACUACUAAUAUGAGCAUGCAAUAUUUAAAGCUUCUAGCUUUUAGAGGGGCUUUGGAACCUUGCAAUGAGAACAUAAGAAGAGCUCUGCUGGGUGAUACCAAAGGCUCAUCCAGUCAAGCAUAUGUUUUUUUUCACUGUGGCUAACCCGAUUCCUGGAUGAGGCCCACAAGCAUGAGUGAAGCAGCCCUCUCUCCUGUUGCUGCCCCUGGUCUUGGAGUACACAGCCAUCAUGUCUAGUGAUAACCUAAUCAUCUAUGAGUUUGUCUAAUUCCCUUUUAAAGGUGUCUAUAUGGGUAGCCACCACUACGCAUUGUGAUUGUUCCAUCAUGUGCUGUGUGAAAAGGUCUUGUCUUUCCUGAAUUUUCCACCAUUCCGCUUCAUUAGAGAGAGAAACUUCUUUCUAUCCACAUUCUCAUGUGAAAUUUAUAUGUGUUCAACUUUAACUCCCCACAAAAAAACUUUAAAGCCCCAGGUGUAACCUGGCAAGAUUAUGACUGAUCCACGACAAUAAGUAGCUCUUUUGAGUAUAAAGGUAGCCGAAAUGUUCUAUAAAGCCAUAUUCUGAAUUUUAUUUAUUGAUUUAGGAAUCUCAGCCGUUAGGUUUCCUUUUUUUCUUUUUGUGCAACCCCCCCCCCCCAAUUUUCAAAUAGAGGGUGGUGUACAACUAUGUUCUGCCUCCAUGGUCAGAGGCAAUGUUCUUCUGAAUACCAGUUGCUAGAGGCGAGAAUACUGCUGUGCUCAGCUCCUGCUUCCAGGGUUCCCACAGGCAUCUGGAUCUCCCCUUUUUGAGAACAGCAUGCUGGACUACAAGGGCCAUUAGCCUGACCCAGCAGGCUCUUCUUACAUCAUAUGCCUAAAUUGUAUGCAGAGUAAACCCAUAAGGCUGGAUUCAACUAAAGGUUGUAUUACUGCAAAGUCCUCUAUGUGGGUCUACUGUUGAAGUUGGUCUGGGGGCUGCAGCUCGGGGACCCUUCCAGCUCUACAAUUCGAUGUUUCUAUGAAACUAAUGCCAGAAUAUAACACCUUGUUUGGAGGAUUUGCACUGGCUGCCAAUCUGCCACCAGGGCAAGUUCAAGGUAAUAACAUACAGUGGUGCCUCGCAAGAGGAAAUUAAUCCGUUCCGCGAGAGUCUUCGUCUAGCGGUUUUUUCGUCUUGCGAAGCAACCCUAUUAGCGGCUUAACGGAUUAGCGCUAUUAGCGGUUUAGCGGCUAUUAAAGGCUUAUCGGCUUAUCGGAUUAGCUGCUAAAAGGCUAUUAAAGGCUUAGCGGCUUAGAUAAAGGGGGGAAAAGCGGAAAAAAAAUCUCAAGACUCGCAAGACAUUUUCGUCUUGCGAAGCAAGCCCAUAGGGAAAUUCGUCCUGCGAAGCAACUCAAAAACGGAAAACCCUUUCGUCUAGCGGGUUUUCCGUCUUGCGAGGCAUUCGUCUUGCGGGGCACCACUGUAUAAGGCCUUUUAUAACUCAGGACCAGGUUACUUGAGAGAUCACCUUAUCCCUUAUAUACCCACCAGGUCACUGUAUUCUGCAAGACAGUUUCUUCCUAAAAACCCCAAAAUAGCAGAAGCCCGCUCUACAGUAAGUUGUAGCAGGACUUUCUGUGUAGCUGCCACAGUUCUGUGGAACUGCACCCCUGUUGAGAUAUGGCACCCACUACCUGUACUUUCCAGAACUAAAUGAAGACAUUUUUGUUUCAAUAAGCUUUUCCAGCUGCCUUCGGUGUUCAUUUUUAUUGUUUUUAGACCUUUAAAACUAUUUUAGCUGUUUUAUGGUGGGUAGGUAGGUAUGGUAUGUUCACAUUGAGACACGUGUGAAAGGUGUUUAAUAAAUUAUUUUUUAAAAAAUACUGAGAUUUUUUUCACUGGUGUCCUGGGUGCCACAUAGUGUCCCCUGUGAGUGACUUGGACCAUAUAACUAUGUAUUUAUUGCCUGACUUUCCAAUGUUUUCAGUAGGGCUGGGUGACACCUAAAUACUGUGAUAUGACUGAUAUAUCACAAUGUAUGGAAUGUAUCUCGGCUGCUUCUUCCUCCCCAUCUUAGGGGAUGAAGAAGCAGCAGAGAUACAGCACCCAGCCCUACUGAGCAAGCUCCCAUACCACUCCAGCUCACAUGAACUGGGAGGGCAAUAGGGGCUUCCUUAAACUGCUCAGAGAGUGGGAAGCCUGAGCAGAAGCAGUCACCAUUACAAAAAAAGAGUAGGAAUAGGCAAAUAUAUAUGUGGACUGUCCAUCAAGUGACUUUUCUUCUUUAGGUUCUCAACGCUCUCAACUAGCUCAAGGUUGUCAUCUGAACUGAGAAUCAAUCACAAUCAGUCCAUCAUUUGAAAAAUAAGACUUUAGAGCCGUGUUGCCCCAAAAUGGCAACUAGACAUUCCAUUUUGGCGACUGUCACCUUGGUUUUGGGACGCGGGUAGCGCUGUGGGUUAAACCACAGAGCCUAGGACUUGCCGAUCAUAAGGUCGGCGGUUCGAAUCCCCGCGAAGGGGUGAGCUCCCGUUGCUCGGUCCCUGCUCCUGCCAACCUAGCAGUUUGAAAGCACGUCAAAGUGCAAAUAGAUAAAUAGGUAUCGCUCCGGCGGGAAGGUAAACGGCGUUUCUGUGUGCUGCUCUGGUUCACCAGAAGCGGCUUAGUCAUGCUGGCCACAUGACCCGGAAGCUGUACGCCGGCUCCCUUGGCCAAUAAAGCGAGAUGAGCACCGCAACCCCAGAGUCGGCCACGACAGGACCUAAUGGUCAGGGGUCCCUUUACCUUUACCUUAACCUUGGUUUAAGGAGCCAUUUGGCCCCUAGCUUAUAGACCUGAGUUUCUAAUGCAAGUUUUCUUAAAAUAAGUAAUAUAACAGAUGUGUUGUGUUAAGAUAUUGUUGAGGUUUACUUCAUCAUACACUUAAUUUAGUAGUAGUAAUAAUAAUACUUCCCCUGUAUCCUUGCAGCAAACACUGGCCUGCUCCAUUUUAAUGGCGCUGUUGAGCGAGUUCUCAAGUUCAAGUAAAACCAGCAACAUUGGGCUAAGCAUGGAGUUCCACGGCAACUGCAAGCGGAUAUUUCAGGUAAACAAAGGAGGCAUGGUUCACAUUUCUUCUUAGAAAUAUAGAAUAACGGAAAUCCCCAUUUCACUUACAGAUAUGUACACAAAAGUAAACAGAGUAUCUAUAAGCACAGUAGAUGAGCUUGUAGGUAAUAGACAAGACUUAUCUCCAUGAGCCUCUUCACACACACACACACACACGCAUUGCAUUAGAUCACCUGUCAUCUGAAAAGAGCUGUCUGUUAACUUGGACCAUAGCUGAGUGCUUUGCAUGCACUUCAAUUCUUGGCAUCAGUGGUGGGCUUUGGGAAGGUGGUGGGAGAGAUGGAUCUAGUCUCGUCCCCCUAGUCCACCGAUUGCACGCCACUGCUUAGCAUUUCCAGGUAAGGCUGCUUAAAGGUCUUCUCACUGCCAGCCGGUCUAGAAUCCAGUUAGCACCCCUGUCCUAGACAGACAAGUGAUCUGACUUGGUGCAAGGCAAUCUUCAGAUUGCAUAGCACACACACUAAGGAGCAUGUAUUUUAAUAUUUAAAAAAAUCCUGAUAAUUUAUUAUUUUAACCAAAGAAAUGUAAAUGAUUUUGCUUAUCCCGCACAGGAGGACGACCUUCGACAGAUAUUCAUGCUCACAGUAGAGGUACUACAGGAAUUCAGCCGGCGUGAAAACCUUAAUGCUCAGAUGUCUUCAGUCUUUCAACGUUACCUUGCACUAGCCAAUCAGGUCUUAAGCUGGAAUUUUCUCCCUCCAAAUUAUAUCCUUUUGAAGAUCGUUUAUUACAUGUGGGAAAUAAUCACCUGAUCUUGACAAACAGUCUUGAGGAAAUGUAAGCUUCAGAAUUCUAAUUUUACUCCCAACGGGCUGCUACGUUUGCUAUGUCGCUGCAUUCUUUGCUAAUCACUCAUAGUUCGCUGUUGCAAAUGCAUCAAAAUAUUUGGCUAAGCAUCUGCAGAAAGACAACAAUUAGCAGCACAACAAAACUGGAGCUAGAUAGGAGCUGGAAUUAGACUCCCGGGUCAAGAGGAUACCGAACCGGGGGUUUAUUAAUAUAUGUGGUUAUACAGUUAGACAUAUACUUAUGCUGAAGCUAUUUAUAUUUUUGUAUUUAUCUGGGUGUUUUUAUUUAUUUACAUGGGCGUUGCUAGGUUCUUAAAAGACUUUGGGGCACAGGCCUGUGACAGAAAUCUGCCUCUGGGCAAAUUAAGAUGGCAGGAGGCUGGGGUCCUACUGACAUUGCACUUUGCAGCACACCCCACCCCUGCCCCUAAGCAAAGUUAAAAAUAAGAAGUUAAAAAAGGAGGGGGGAGAUGCUGGAGGCCAAAGGGCCCAUACAGAAGACAAGACCCGCCGUUCUGAUCAUACCAACUGCUGCAUUUACACUUUGUAAUAAUAAUACAUACUUAAUAUGUUGUGAGAAUCUUUCAAAUCUUUAUCUUUAAAAACAAGUGUGCACCCUCUUGAAUUACAUUAAGGCCUACCCUUAUUGCAAAUGGUUUUUAUUUAAAUUGAAGAAUUGUCAAAGGCAUUGCAUUCUGACAUCACUGAAAUGGUUCCUUUGUUGUUGUUUUUCAAUUUUCAGCACCCCCCCAAAAAAGCCUACCAGUUGUUUGAUAGGGUGGUGAAUGAUGUGCAGUGUAAUUUACCAUUCCAGUUUUGAAAUUAACCAACUACGCAUCAUUUGGGGGGAAGCCUCCAAAAGCUGUGCAGUGCAUCUUUAGGAAGAAAUAUGUGUUUAGCGGUUUAGCCCUUCAGACCAAUGGCUUCUUCCUGCUUUAUGUGUGGAACUUUAAAAUGAAUGGAAUAUUUUUCUGUGCUUGACAAAAUACAAUAAAUUGAACCACACAAUAAAUCGGAUAACUGGCAGAUAUCUUAAACAUUCAUAGUUGGUUAUAACUUUGGUUUAACGUUGAGUGCAAAUGUUCACAUCUUUGUUACAUGUAUAUUUUUAUUGCCGAAAUAAAUCUCAUAAUAUUUUGUAAUAGUUCUCUGUGAUAGGGUUGUUCAGCCGUGUUUAUUUUAGAGGACUGUUUCCCAUUUUGAUGCUCUAGCCCACGGGUGUCAAACACAAGGUCCGCGGGCCGAAUCUGGCCCGCCAGACCUCGUCAUGUGGCCCGUGUAGCCGCUGCCGGCCUCCAGUCUAGGGAUUUGUUGUCUCGGCAUUUUCCCGCGAAGCCGCCGCUUUUAUCUCGCGAUAUUUGGAAAGCGCGCGGGUUUUCCCCCCUCCCCCGCCCACUCCGCUGGAAGCGCCGCGAGGCGUUUGAAACCCGGCGCGAGUCAGAAGCGGCAGCGCAAUGCCCGUGGAGGAGAACGGCGGAGCCCGUGGAGGAGAACGGCAGGUGGGGAGCCGCCAAGAGAGGCCGGGCUGCCUCCUCAGGGUCCGGGGGGGUUUAUUGUGGGCUAAGGGGUCUCCUGAGCAUGUGCAGAGCGCUUUCCGCCUCGCCUGCCCCCCCCAGCAGAAAGCCCGCAAAGAAAAGCCCAGCAGCAGCAGUGCCCUUCUUUUUAUCGCUUAUUGUGCAGGCGAGGCUGCCUCCCCCGAUAUAGAUAUAGAUAUAGAUAUAGAUAUGAGAGAGGGGGAAGUCAGAGAGGUGGAAAAAAUAUGGGGCUGGUGUCGGUGGGAUUAUAACCUCCCUCAUGAGGAUAAGUCGGAAUUUAGCAAAGUAGGGUGCAGCUUUCCUCCCCCCCUCCAAAAAACAAACAAACAGAAAAGUUUGUAGCACUGAUCCUGAAGCCAAAGUACAAUUUUAGCAUGCUGCUAUUAUUUUCCACCUCAUUUCGCUUUGUAGCUGGUGACCGGUAUCCAUUACUUGUUGUUUGUAUUCUUGAUGAAUGCUAUAUUAUAAAAAGAAAACAACAAGGGGGACAACGGAAGAAUUCGGGAAAUAGAUGGUGGCAAAGGGGUUGGAGGUCUUUUAAGAUAGAGCUUUCAGGAGCUAGAACCAACAAGUACCGUGUUUUGUGUGUGUGUGUGUGUGUGUGUGUGUGUAACACAUAACAAGAAGCAACAAGUACUGUGUUUUAUAUAUGGGUUAUUUUGUGCUAGUUCUUAAGGCAGGCAUAUCCAAAGUCUGCUUUGGGGCCCAAUUCGGCCCUCUGGCUGGUUUUAUCAGGCCCCUGUGGCAGUUCAUUCAUUUAUUGCUGUCAAAUCCUUUAAAAAGAUCUAUAAACCUUGGGGGGACAUCCCCCAAAAAGCUCUUCAAUCCUUAAAAAAAGCUCAACUUUGGUCAGCCCUCAUGCAUGUUCACUUCCAUCAAAUCUGGCCCUCUUUGAAAAAUGUUUGGGCACCCCUGCUCUAGCCCCAUAGAACUCAUUGGAUGUCCCUUGAUUCAGAAAUCCUUAGCUCAUUUACUUGGAAAUAAGACCCACUGAAAUUAGUGGUAGUCCUUUCUUUCUUUCUUUCUUUCUUUCUUUCUUUCUUUCUACCUUGGAUUCGCUCCAUCCCACCCUGGCAGGUUGGCUCUGCCCCAGUCCUGUAUAUAUUAGGAUUUUCAUUUGUUCUUCUGCAUAGCUUGAAGAUGAACUCCGUUUAAUUCUGUGAAGCCUGUUAGACUGUUAUAAAGAUCAGGAUCAACAGAUUUCAAAGGGCUCGUUAUAAAUUUGUGAUAAAGCCAGCCAAUAACAUUUCAGAAUGGUUUAAGAAAAAUAUUUUGCUCAAGUUUGCAUACCUGCCAAGUGUGGUAUCAUUUUUGUUUCCCUUUCUCCUGUCACAACGGGAUGGUUAUUAAAGUGAUUGUGCCACUAUGGAAUGUCUCGUCAUUGUGAUCAAACUGUUAUCUGGCAUUCCUAGGGCAUUCUUUUUUUCCAACCCUUAAUACCUUUUAUUCCUUGCCCUCAUGCAUGAAUUAUGCUGUGUAUGUGGAGGGGCUUAAAGCUUGUUUCCAUUGCAUUCUUUCUGAAUGGGACCUGUUGUAUCUGGGAUUCUUUUUUUUUCUUUCCUCUUUCUUUAAAGCCAAGUCGGAAUGUUGUUGUUGACCUUGACACCCGAUAACUAGGCAGACAUUAUAUAGCUAUGUUUGAAUCCUCACAAAAUGUGAUGCUAAAGCCAACAGAGUCCUGGCGUGAGACCCUCCUGGACAGCAGAGUUAUGGAGCUUUUCUUUACGGUAAGUCCCAUUCUGCUGUUGCUAGCUUAGUAGGAAAGAAGCCGGGGCUCCCUUCUCUGAAUUCAGGUGAGGGUUGCAUAGAUGAAAUUCUCUUACUUGCCAAACAGUUAUAUUUCUAAAGGUCACACUGUUUUUGUUGGUUUGUUUGUUAGAGGUUAACGGAAAUUCUGCCUAUGUGCGCCUAGUUGCACGCUGAUGUUGUUGCUUUAAGAUCUUGCUUGGUGAAAAGAACUGAAGGCACCAUAUUUAAGUUUCCAAUGAAUUUUAAUAGGGUUUAAUCUGGGUGCCAUUUAGACCUAAGAAGUGGUGUUGCAGUGUGAAGUUAGUCAAUUCCCUAAUGACGACACUUAAUUAAAAAUUCCCAGUCGAUUAUAAAAAGCAGACAGAUCCUUGCCUGCUGUCUCGGAAGGCCCUAUUCUCAUUUGGUAUAGCAGAACUUAAUGCAGCUUAAGGGCUGUUUUCCCGUGUAGGCAACUUCCUACUUUGAUGAUGUUUCCCUGCAGGAAAGAUGUGUGUUGCUGUCAUAAGCAACCAGGGACACAUGCAUCAAUUUUGUCUUGCAUGUUUGCCGCAUGUGAACAGUGCACAUGUAUGUCUUCUACAUAGAUCUUACUACCACAUAAGAAAUCAUGGCAUUGCAGGUGAAGCAGUCUUUGGUGCCUUGAGCACUCUGUUCAGGAAAUCUGCAGCCAUCUAGACAUGUUCAGUGGUGCUUUUCCUCCCAAAUGGGUAGCUGUAGGAUUGCAGCAUUGGUUCCAAAUCAUUGCACAUUAAUGGAGAAAAGGACAAUGCUUUAAGAAUAUAGAUUACCAUCCUGAAAAAAAUACAUGGAAGAAACCAGUUUAGGUUUAUCUCCAGGAAUAAAAUUGUGUAUUGCUGGAAUGUGCGGGUAUUGGUUUCAAAGCUAAGAAAUAUUUAAAACUCUUGUCUAGAUGUCAAAUAGCGUUUAGUAAAUAUUUUGUAUAGUGUAUUAAUUUGCUUGACAAUUUUAGCUGUUGUGUGUACAUAGUUACUUGUGAGUUUUUUUAUCUUGCUCAAGCAUUUUCAAAAAGGUGAAAAACUUGCUGGCAGACCAUUUAACAGCUGCACACAAUGUGAACAGCUGUCUAGACAACCCAGACAGUUGCUACUGUCAGCUGGGAACCUCCACAAGCAAAUAGUUUUUGCAUUUACAGGUUAACCCUUUCUAAUGUAAUUCUCUGGCUCAAAGGCUCACUUUUAUUGGUAAAAUAACUUCUUUUCAAAUUAUAUCACUCUUUUUACCAGACACACUUAGAUUUAUUUUAGAUAUCAAAUUCAUACAAAUGAAAUGGUAACUAACACAUUUAUCAGCUUUUUUAUGGCUUACUAAGUAUCUAAAAAGCAAAAUCUCUGCUGUGCUGGCUAAUUCCUGAUUUGCAGUGUUUAUUUGCCAUGCUUGUGUUUCACUAGGAGCUUUGAUUAAACUAGAAAACAUAGCACUACAGUGAAUCUCAUUAUAUUAAAAAUUCAAUAUGUUCCUUUAAUCAAAGAGAACUCUAAUUUAUCAUCACUUCUAUUUUUUUUAGUACUUUGAGAUGGGCAUUCAUUUAAUUUAUAUCCAUAGAUUUCAAUUACUAGUAUUAUAUCUCUUAUUGGAUGACUAUUUCUUGAUGUCGGAUUCUAGAUGCUCUAAUUGCAUCCAAGAAUUUAUGUAAAGUAAGUUCCCUUGACAUCCUUAUUUUGUCAUAAAAAAUCAGUCAAUAAAUGGAUGCUCCCUUUGUUGAGAUGAUUUCUUCUCACUGAAGACCUCCUGAGGAAGAGUGGCAUGAUCCUGCUCGCAGAAAUGAGGGGAUCAAAACGGAAUCAAAAGAUUUUGCUGCAAGCAAAAUAUAUUUGGUUUCUUGCGGGUUCUGUGUUUACCUCUGCUAAAGAAGCAUCUAUAUAAUCUUGAUUGAACUUGUCGACUAACUUUAGCAAGGCACUGUAGCCCAGGCAUAGUUAGCAUAAUACAGAUGGCUGUCAUUAUUGCUGUUUUUAGAAGUAGCAGCAUGUCUGACUGGCUGGCAUCUGUUUCUCUCUUAAGUCUCAACAUGCAUAGACAGUUCAACAUGUAGGUAGGUCCCAGCGAAACAUUGCCUCGGACUAAUUAAAUAUGGCUUAUGAAGUUGGCAUAUUGAGAGGGCAGCUUGGAAGGUUUAAGUGCCUAGAAAUAAUAAGGCUCUUGAUUUCAAAUUCAGUGGAGAAAGCUCUGAGCGUGUGUUGAGUGUGCAUGGACUUGCAAUGUGCUCUUUAGGAUUGCGAGCCAUGUGACUAUGGUAGAAGAAUGUCUAAUUUCCUACCCCCGCCUCUCAUGUGGUGUUAACCCUCUUGCUUCCAAAAAGGUGCAUCGAAAAAUUAGAGAAGACACAGAUAUGGCACAAGACUCGCUGCAGUGCCUAGCUCAGCUAGCCUCGCUCCACGGGCCAGUCUUUCCAGACGAAAGUUCUCAAGUCGAUUACUUAGCUCACUUCAUUGAGGGAUUGCUCAACACUAUCAAUGGGUAUGUAAUAGGUUUGCUUCCUAGAAUUGAGGAGGGAGGGACUUGCUUCCUGUAGUUCUUUGCAGCUUGAACAGUGGUGUGGAAUACUUAAAAGAUUCUUGACAGUGGGUCUUGAUUUGACUAUGCUGGUAGAGUUAUUUACUCUUUUCUCUUUAAAAAAAAUAUGUUUUGUCUUAACAGAAUUGAGAUAGAGGACUCUGAAGCAGUGGGAAUAUCAAGUAUAAUCAGCAACUUGAUCACUGUAUUUCCUCGCAAUAUAUUAACAGCCAUUCCAAAUGAACUUUUUUCUUCGUUCGUUAACUGCCUCACACACCUCACUUGCUCUUUUGGGAGAAGUGCUGCCUUGGAAGAAGUGGUGAGUACAGAUCUUUGAAUUCCUAAAGGCUUGCUUCAAAAAUGUUAUCUUUAGUUUUUAGUUCAUGUUAAUGCCAAGCUUUCCAUGCAUCCUCCACCCCACAAAUGCUAAAUAUAUUUGUAAUAGGUCUAAUGAGUUGUGUUAGUGUACUUUUUGUGUGCAAACGGGGUAAUUGGAGAGCAGUUUUUGAGACAGUAUUAGGCAAGAAGUUAGUACUAGUUCAAAACUUGGCACUUCAGCAGUGAAUUCACAUUUUAAAAUUGUGUGUUAGGUACUUGCCUCAGUGUAGCAGCUUUUGAAUAUUGCUUGAGAGUUUAACUUUGUUUUUUUUAAUUAAGAAAAUAUUUUUAACGUGGGGAAACGGGAACCACAGAGUGAACAAAUGAGGCUUCUUUGGGGUGUUUUUCUUGCUAUGACACCAUACCAAAUCUAGUUCUUGUUAAAUUAUCCCUAUAAUGCCCAUCCAUGAAAUCAUUACCUUUUAUUGGGAACAGCAGGAUUGAAUUGGACACUUCUGUUACAUGAACAGCUUUGUUCACUGCUGUGCCUUUUAUGUACCAGUAGUUGAAAAGGAGGCUCAAUAAAUCCUAAUCAGAUAAAUGUCUCCCUCCAAUACGCUUCAUGUUUUUGUGUGUAGUUUGACACACCUACAGGAAAGUACAGCUUGAGCACCAAUACUGUGUUCAAUAUAAUACUGUAUUCAUGGAAAUGAAUAACUGUCACGACUAUUCUAGAAAAGACACACCGCUUCCGCAGCUGAUUCCAGUUAGUUUAUAAUCAAGUAAGAAGCACACAUUAUGCAUAGCCCCUGCCAUUCAUGGAAGAGUUGACUUCAGGGGCUGUAGAAUUUGUCAGGGCAGAAUGUGGUGCUUCAUAGCUAUGUAAAGACAUAUUGCCAGGCAAAAAUAAUGUUUGCAUUAGUAAAAAAACAAAAUAGCUUGUGCACAGGAGAUAUGGUCAGAAACCCAGGGGGUGGUGACUCGGGAGAGGACAUGCUCCCUGGCAGCACCUAACUUGUAGAACUUCCUCUCCAUAAAAUUGCAUCUUGCAUCUUGAUUAUGCAGCUUUUGAUGAAUGCUGAAGAAACCUCUCUUUACCAUGGCUUUUGACAUUUGAGAUGUAUAUAUUUAGGACACACUUUUAUUGUAAUUUGUUUUAAACUGUUUUUGACAUUGUGUUUUAAUUGUUGUUAGCUGCUCUGGGCCUGUAGGGUGAGGGGUGGCUAAUAAUAAUAGUAUCAAAGACUGACAGACCAACUUUUCAUAAAUUGGCUUAAGACUCUGUUCUGGGUCUUACUCAGUGCAAACUCUCGCCCUUUAUAGCCUUUAUUCUGCUUCAUAUGAAAUCUCUUUUCAUAUUAUAAUAAAGUUUUCUUGCAAUGCCCAGUGUAGGUAGGCCUUACCACUUCUGAUUGCAGUCUAGUGCAUUUUGUCCUAGCUUGAAAGAAGUAACCAUUGAAUUGAAAGAAGUAAUCAUUGAAUCUGCCUACAGUUCAUUUGCGCUGAAUGGAUCUUCUGCCUUACACAAACAGUUCACCACCACUUGCAUUCUUCCAGUUUGUAGUAUGCAUCCUCCCCGAAGGCUCUGAAGCCAUAUUGUCACCAAAAUCCUGAAUGCAACUAGUGGAAUAAUUUAUUCGCUUUUGCUUAAUUUUGGAUGCAAUGUCAUAGUGGCAUUUAGCUUUCUUGAUUAUGGUUUUUCUUUUGGCACAGAUGGCUAUAUUUCAAACACCAGAUGGGUAUUAGAUUUCCUGCAGAGGAUUCUGCACUGACAGUUCUUAAUACCUUGUAGGUUCAUACUGGUACAGCAUGUCCUUGUGCCCAAAGAGUCUUUAAACGUGUGUUCUAAUUAAAUGACCAGGGAGGGACGCAACACGGUUAUCAAACAAGCUAAUAUCCUUCAGAACUUUUCUAAAGGCAGUUGAUUGACUGGAAACAAAUUAUAAGGGACAGUUUCCCAUGAACUGCUCUGUUUGUUGAUGUUGUGGGUUGGCCAAAUUUUCAGGAAGACCAGCCUAUGGGCUGCCAGGGCAUUAGGCUCAAGUGGCUCAGGUUCAUUCUUUAAAGAUAUUUUAAAUAGUGGAAUUACUAGAACAGCCUAGUUUUUGCAUGUGUUCUGGUUUCACUUAACAGAACACGUAUUUUUGGCUCACAAAGCUAAUUUUUGCUUUGUAUUUACAACAUUCCAGUAGAAUGGAAUGAUAGAUCUCCAUAUGGGUUGAAAAAAAGCGUGAGUUGUGAUGUCAGGUUUCCUUCGUAAUCUUUUACAGGCCUCCUCCAAGCUGUUUGCUUAAGAAGUAUCCCUCACCCACUUGGCAGGCCAGUUGCUCAUGUGUCCCUCCCGAUGUUCUCCGCACACAGAAGGGAGGGAGGUUCUUACACAGAACCAGGAGUGUAAAAGCUCAGUCCGACAUGAGAGCUCCCAUUCUCUUGUCCUUAGAGGAGGAUUUGGGGAGCAGUUAUGCUGUGCUGUGUUUGGUGCAGGCAGAAGCAGCCCAUGAAUUUUUGCUCCAAAAACCAAGUGCAAUACAGUCAUACUUCGUAUCCCGAAUGCCUUGCGACUCGAACAUUUUGGCUCCCAAAGGCUGCAGUGAGUGUUCUGGUUUACGAAAGUUCUUUGGAACUUGAACGUCUGACACAGCUUCCGCAGUUUCCAAUUGGCUGCAGGAGCUUCCUACAGCCAAUCGGAAGCUGUGCCUUGGUUUCCGAAUCUUUUAGAAGUUGAAUGGACUUCCGGAACGGAUUCCGUUUGACUUCUGAGGUACCACUGUGCAUGGCACUCCUGAAGUCCCUCCUGAUAUGUGCAGAGAAGAGCAAGGAUCAGCAACAAGCCAAAAGUUGUGCCAUAUGGACUGAAGUCGAUAACAUUGAUCAGCACCUAGCACAAAGCACAUUCGAAAUAAUUCAGUUCGGAAAAGCGUUACAUCUCUCGACAAUCGCUAUGUGCUUUGGUUGGGGGUGGGGUACAUAAGUAGGCUUUUCUCGUCUGUGUGGUUGUGAGGAAGGGGAAGGAGUAGCUGGGUGUAAAAAAGAAUUUUGAGAUUGGGAAAAGGAAACAAGGCCUUCCAGUUUCAUUUAGGGGAGGAGCUAUUCAGCUUAACAGGCAGCUUCAGUCGUCAUGUUUUAUUGUAGUACAACAAUGAUUUAAUCAUGGGACUCCACUGGGACUCCAUGAUAUGUAUGUGAGGCCGGCCCAGUGAGUAUACUUGGCAUAAGAACUGAACUUGGACAAUCUCACUGCAUGUUGAUUAUAUCCAGUUUUACCAAUAUGUGAAAAGGGCUAUGAGUCUAUUCUAAUUCCAUUGUCCAUGCAGUGAAGAAGCUGGUUGAAUUUUCUAAUCAUCUUUAAAGAAAUUCAGAAGGAAGAAUAUUAUUAUUAUAAGACAACUUUUUGGUAAGCUUAUCUCUGAGCUUCUACUGGAUUUUUUUAGUUUUUUGUUAGAUAGCUAAAACACUUCCUUGAGUUUUGAGACCUCAUAACUUGCAAAAAAGAGCCCGCAAGAGAGAGCACUUAUUACUAUGGAAGACUGACUGACUGGAGGCAUUGUGUUCAAUGAUUCCUUAUGCUCAGAAUGUUAAAGAUGUUUUUCAGGGGCAAAAUAGAUUGCUGGGGUUUUUUUUGGGGGGGGGGGGUUUCUAAAAAAGUAAACGAAUUAACAAAAAGAUGUCAUAUUCAUCAAAAUAUACCUACCCACUUUGUUACGGUCGAAAUGGGUUAGAUACUAAGAACUACAAGUUGAGUUCUGCUCCCCAAACAGGUUUCGCAGCCUCAUUUGUGCUGCAACCCCCCUACAUCCCUGAAAAGCCAACUCUGAGACUUGAGGGACCCUCUGUAAUGGCAUUUGAGGUGGCACAGGUGGCUACAUCUGGUGGUGGUGUGUCUUAGUUGAUUUUGCAACCAGCUGUCUGGAUCCAGCCUGUCUGCAGUUUUAGAUGCUUGGCUCCACUAAAAAGUAUCUUUCUCCAGAAAGUGCCAACUAUGAACUGUUUUCGGAAUGAGUGGUACAUGCGUUGAUAAUCUGCGAGUGUGUGUUAUUGAAAACACUUUGUCCUUCUGUUCUUAAUAGGCACAGUAGUGUAACUUGAAGAAAUCCUGGGCAACUUUUUGCGGGGUAACAGGUCUUUUUCUUCUGCUUCCUUAGCUUGACAAAGACGACAUGGUAUACAUGGAGGCAUAUGACAAGCUCUUGGAAUCAUGGCUUACUUUGGUACAAGAUGACAAACAUUUCCAUAAAGGCUUCUUUACCCAACAUGCUGUUCAGGUUUUUAAUUCUUACAUCCAGUGCCACUUAGCUGCUCCUGAUGGUACAAGGAAUUUGGUAAGUUCUUGAGCUGUCAGUGAAGGUCUGGGGUUGCAGAGUAAUUAAAAAGCUUUGGUUUGCCUACAAUAAAAUAAAUAUUAAAAUUAACAGAGGAGGCUGAAAUAUUUACAAGAAAGGAAAGACACUUGACUGAGCUUUUUCUUCCUGCUGUUUAGCUCCAGUUGUCUCCUGCCCAUGACAAACCACACACUAAAUAGCAGAAGUAAUUUUACCUAUCGACUAUGGGUUGGAUCCAGAAUUGUAACUCCACAAACAAAAGGGAUCUUUCCUUGAUGCUGGCUGGCACCUAUUGGAUUAUAGUUCAAAAUAUCAAGAGGGCACCUGAUUGGGGAAGGCUCCUGCAGUGUGAGCUGAGCCCUAAAUUUAUAUAUCACUGUAACUGUUUCCAAGGCAUCUUACAACAAAAAUGGAUUUUAAAAAUUCCCAAUUUAAACAAGUCUAAACCUAUCGGAAGAAAAAAACCCUAACCAAAUAGCAACAAUAGGGCAGUCCUUUCCUUGUCGGUAUGACUUAAGCCUCCUCCAGCUUUCUUAGUCUGCCAUUUAAAGUUCUGAAGAGUCGGAAUCUAGUUGUUGUUUUUUCAUAUCUCAGAUAUAAUCUACUGCAAAAUUAUUAAGGUUUUACGUUUUGACAAUUCAAGGUGUAGGGUAUUAUCAAGCCAGGAAGAGAGAGCAAGCUUCUGCGGUGUUUUAAAGGACAAAAUGGAUAUAAUUUUUGCUUGGUUUCCAGUUUUUUAUGUAGAUUGCUUGAGAGCGAGUACCUAUCAGAAGCCGUAUUCCUUUUGUUUUAGGGAAUGCCCAUUGUUGCCCUUUUAAGGUAUAUUGAAGUGCCUCAGUGUUUCUACACAUGCUGUACAAAGCAUGGUUAAUGCACAUGGUAGCACUAUUAGAAGCUUAUCAGUGCCAGUACAAGAAAUACUUAGUAAAUGAAGUCCUUGAAUUUAUAAUUUGGCAAUUUUAGCGUAAUUUGUUUAUACAGGUUAAAUCUUAGGUGUCUGCAUGAUGAGGCACUCCUCCCAUGAGUAACCAUUUAAAAGCCACAGCUGGCAUGGCAGAGGCUGCUUGUUUGAUAUCAAAGUAGCAGCUAGGAUUUUCAAGUAGAGAGGCACUCUUCAGGAAACAGCUGAGGCUUUGAAGUUUAAGAGUAUUAUUUGACGGUUUGCAUAAAUGAAAGAGGGCUGAAAGAGGCCCUCAGAAAGAAGUCACGCCUUGCAUCCUUACUGUGAUGUCUUCAGCAAUUUUAAAUGGUGUUUCUAGUUCCUCUACCUGUGGGAAGAGAAAGUGAGGAAACCAGCCAGACUUUCUUGAAUCUAUGUUUUGUUUUUGAGGUACCGAGGGGGGGGGUGAGGGGGGGGGGAAUAACAGUUAACAAGCAGCCAGGGAGUUGUAUCUUUCUGUGUACCAGUGAAGGAACUUCACUGGAACUUCACAGAGAGCCAGUGUGGUGUAGUGGCUAAGAGCGGUAGAUUUGUAAUCUGGGGAACUGGGUUUGCUUCCCCGCUCCUCCACAUGCAGCUGCUGGGUGACCUUGGGCCAGUCACACUUCUCUGAAGUCUCUCAGCCCCACUCACCUCACAGAGUGUUUGUUGUGGGGGAGGAAGGGAAAGGAGAAUGUUAGCCGCUUUGCGACUCCUUUGGGUAGUGAUAAAAUAGGAUAUCAAAUCCAAACCAAACUCCUCUUCUUCUUCUUCUUCUUCUUCUUCUUCUUCUUCUUCUUCUUUUCAACAUCUGCUUAACUCAUUGCAAUGUCAGACUGCGAAUGGUGUUGCCUCCAGAGAAGAGGAAGAAAUAAGUGAGCUGCAGGAGGAUGACAGAGAGCAGUUCUGUGACCAGCUGGCCAGCGUAGGCAUGUUAGGAAGAAUUGCUGCCGAACACUGUAUACCUCUUCUUACAAGGUAUGGCCUUCAAUCAUUUCUGGACUGUGGCAGUCCUUUGUAAAUGUGCUUACAGGGGUUUCCUCCAGAGUGAAUGCAAUUACGAUCCAGUUUUCUCAAUACUUUCCCUCAGCUUAUUAGAAGACAGAGUGACGAGGCUUCAUGGACAGUUGCAAAGGCAUCAGCAGUUAAUUGGCUCAGCCGGGUCAGCCUCUAUUGACAAUAAAGCGCUUGAUGACCUAUAUGAGGACAUUCAUUGGCUCAUCCUAGUCACAGGUGAGUAGAAAAUCUUUGAACACAAAACCACUGAUGUUGCACCGUUGGAAGCGGGUGCUGCUUUGACUGACGUUUUGGUAGUUUUUGCUUAACAAUGGAAGUUGUGUGUACGCUGUUCACACAUGAGGAUGCGCCCUCAUAAAAAUAAAGAAUGAUCAAAUAUAAAAUAAAGAAUGAUCAAAUAUGAAUAACUCCAUUUGCAAAAGUUUCUUUGUGCCUCUGGUGUGCAUCUGUUGAAGAAGAAGUUUGGGUAAAGGAUAGUACCAGUAAACAACACAUUAAUUCUCUGUUGCUGAGGGAGAACAGUUUACAUUGGGAUGAAGCUGCUCUUACAGUUGUAAGCCAGGAAGCAGGAAGUGGAGAGGCAGUUUCUCUUCUUCUCACUGCCCAUUGGUGCUGCCUAGCCGCAAUGGCUUUUCCAGUAGAAACUCAGCUCAACAGGCUAUCAACCCCCCAACCUUAAGUUUCUCCCCCCACUUCUUUUGAUGGCCCUAAAUAUUCAGGGAAUCUUAAAAGGAGUCUGUUCCUUCAGAGUUCAGAAAGCCUCACCACUUAGUCCCACUAGCACUGAGACAAUGAAACUUAAGCACAGAUAGCUUAGCAAAAUAACCUUAGUGGAGGCGAUAGCUGCCACUGCCAAGGCCAGUUUGCAUCCGUUUUGUAUGCAGGAAGUCCCAGGUUUAAUCCCUAGCAUCUGCAGGUUGGUCUGGGAGAGAGUCCUGCCUGAUAUCCUGGGGAGCUGCUGCCAGCCAGCGCAGACAUUACUGAGGUAGAUGGGCCAAUUGUCUGACUCUGUAGCAUAGCUGCUUCCCAUAUUCCACUAUCACCAACCGAGGCGGAGAUUCAUUCCACCCAGAUUUAGCUUUCUUGCUUUACUUAAAGCAAGCGGGUCCAGAGGCCAGAGCCAGCUUGAAAAGAGGAAGGGAAUGCAAAGGUGGCAAACAAAAGUGCUGCUACUGAAGGAGCCAGAAUUUAUGUAGCAGCAGCAGUAUCUUCUACACAUUCUCCCUCAGCAAAUAAGCCCUGGUGCCCACUUUUCACUAGCAGCUCCCCUUAAUGUCAAUCCCAGACCCUCACCCAUUAACCAAGCUAGGGGCAGCAGAGGAAAGACCUUCCAGAGACAAGAGCUUCAUCACAGUGCAAACUACUUUCCCCUUAAUAAGCAUGAACGGAACGUCACAUUUACCUCCAGUGUAUUGCCACCCCCUACCACGAUAAGUUCAGGCUGACAUUUGAAGAAUUAAUAGUUCUGUUUUAGAGAAAGAGUAUUGGUACGUAACAUACGAAUGGUUGACGACUUCCCAUCAGUGUGUUUGUAGACUUGAAUGUCUCCUUACAGCAAAAUUUCGCUGACGUGCCAUUUGUCGAACCUUCCUUCUUGAAAGGUUAAAACUUUUCACCAGAUGACAAAGCAAGGUUUGUUGAACUAGGACCUAUUUGUAGGGCCUCCCAAGUUUUGAGAUUGGACCACACCAGCCAAUAAGGCCCUUGCCUACCCCCUCAAAUCUGCCAGACGGCCACCUGCUGGGUAUCACAUUCAAAUGGAGUUUAAUGCUACAGGAGGCAUAGACUUGCAGUCAUUCACCAGGUUCAAGGGCAGGUGGAAUGGCAUGAUUCACAUGCUAUAUAUUCCUCAUAAUAUAUAGGUUCUUCCUCCAUAGGGCUACAGUUGUUUUAUCGCAUCUUCCUAAUGACAUACUCGUAGCCUUUUUGUAUUCCCUCUGAAAUGAAAGUCAGUUUCUUUGGACUACCAAUAUUGCAGAACUUCUGAAAUGUUUCAGGUUUGCUGCAGGCACAGUGAACGUGAAAAAGGGUCGAAUUGACAUUUGUGAAGGUUAUUUGCAUUGUGCACUUACUUAAAAAGUUAGUUUACAUUUGCUGUGGUAGUUUACAGUGAUAAGUAUUUUUUUUCCUAUUACCUGCUGCUUUCCACCCCAGUGAUUAUAUUUCAUUGUACUCUUCAGAAUGUGUCCCCCACAUGCAGAAAACUGAAAUAUGGUAACGUAAAUGCAAGUUACAGCUUAAGCAUCUGAUAGAAUAUAGUCAAAUGUUGAUGCCAAUGCUCUCAACAUCUCUUCUGAUGGCCCUUAAAGCAGUACUUAAUUUAGGUCAGGUAACCUGAGGUCACUACUUUCUUUUUUUUGUUUGUUUGCUUUUAAUUUUAAGGCUACCUCUUAGCUAAUGAUACUCAGGGAGAGACUCCGCUAAUACCUCCAGAAAUAAUGGAGUAUUCCAUUAAGCAUUCAACUGAGGUUGACAUCAAUACAACGCUUCAAAUUCUUGGAUCUCCAGGAGAAAAGGCCUCUUCCAUUCCAGGGUACAACAGAACCGAUUCUGUUAUUAGGUAACUUAUUUAGUAUUUUAAUGCCAAAUAUUGAAAACAAAUCAGAGGUAGAUAGGGCUAACACCGUAGAUUAUUUAAUCCAUGUGAGCAUUGUGAAUGUCACUCAUGGUGAAAAAGUGUUAAAUAGGCUUCGUGGCAAGUUGCCGUAUUGACCUAGAGUUGAUGGUCGAGGAAGAAGUAAAUCUGUAAAGGUUGCUCUGCUUUGAGGAGAGGUUAGUGCUGCAUUGCAAUUUAAAAUCAGUUUUCACUGCAAGAGCAGCUAUGACUAGACAAAAGCACCAAGUCCGGAGGGGGCUAAGUGUUUGAACAGACAAGUAAGUAGUUUAUAAUGGGAAGUGAAGUGAGUUGUGGGCAUGUGUAGAAAUGCCACCUGCAGGUUAUCCACUGAAGUAUAUAUUUAUAUAUCAUAACAAGGCAGAAACAAUUAAUAAAAAUUCUAUCUUUAGCAGGGGCCCAAGCGUACACUGUCUUAAGUCAGUAUGAGGUUUUCAAAAUCCAUUCUAGUCAUUGAAAGGGGUAGAUUUUUUUCAACUGCAAGCUAUUGGCUGUUAGGGCUGCAGUUCACAGAACCAAUUGUGUGCUUCCAAAACGGAUUUUAGAUGUGGAGUUCAAUUGACUUUUAAGGGGAAUACUUGAAGGGUUUCCUCUCUUUUACAAGAGCAGUGCCAGUUUCCACAAUCUCAUCUUGAGGAAGUGAUAGUGUAUUCUACUGAAUUUACAGCAUCCCCUGUUUCAGUUCAAAUUAAUGUUAAACUUGUAGUCUUUUUGACAGCUAAUGUUCUUCAAGAAACGAUAUAAAAUGUUUUGAUUGCUGCGCAUGUGACCCUUAAGUUGACAAUAUUUAUACAUGCUGGGGGGAAAUAUUGUGCCGUGAGAUGGAAUGUGAUUUGCAGUAUUGUGAUGUUGCAGUGGCUGAGUAUUUUCUUAGAAGCACUGCAAGUCUUGGAAUCACGGCACUGGUCAAUAAAUGUAAGGGAAGAUGGGUAUAGAAGUGGCAACAGAAAUAAUAUUUACCAUGUUCCAGUAUUUUGGAAGACAAAAUUGAGAAUAAAUUGAUAAUGGCUUUCCAGAGCCCUACAAGCAUCCUUAAGAACCACUUCACAUAAUACAUGGUAAACACAUUUGGGUUUGCAGUUACUUCCUAGGUGUUUGUUCAUUACAUAUCCAUGAGCACAGUUUCCCCUUUAAAUAGUACAGUUGCCACUGCAGAGACACCUUGUGGACAAAAAUAGAGUUCUAAAGAGUCGCCUUAUACUCAUCUAGACCAAUAGCCCAGCCCUGUCUUCUGCCUGGCAGAAGAAGCUUUCUAAGAUCACGAAUCUGUCCCAGUUUUGCUACACAAGAACCUGUAUUCUGGGUGCUGGGAGCUAAACUUGGGACAUUAUGCAGUGAAAUACAUGCUGUACCAUUGAGCAAUGACUAUUAUUAUUAUUAGUCUAAUUCACCGGCUUGCAUACUUUACCAUUGAAGUAAUUACAAAAUUACAGCCCUUUGUGGCUUUGGACCAAUUUGAGACAUUAAAAUUGGCAGGUCUUUCAACAGACGCUUCAAGAACUUUAGAGUGUGUUCCCAGCACUAUCUGGGUCUUAGGGAAAUAAUUCUUCUCUAGUAACCUGAGUCCCAGGCAAAUGUAGAUGACUCUUCAGCACAUACUAGUCUGCAAGGCAGGCAGCAUAGCUGUCAUUUAGAGCAUGAAGGAGCUAAGAGAAUCCUUUGAGAACAUACUCUUCCAAACAGGAACAAUUACACCCAGCCCUUAAGAAAUCCCAGUACUGAUCAUGUCACUCAGUCUACCCCACCCCUUAUUUUGAAGAUUUCAAGCCUGUGUGUGUGGUGAGGAAAUAGAUAAACGGGAGAACACAGGGGGAGAAUCAUGGUGUCUUUAAUUUUCCUCAGGUUAUUGUCUUCUAUUCUAAGAGUGUCAGAAGUGGAAUCUCGAGCAAUAAGAGCAGAUUUAACGCACCUCCUGAGCCCGCAAAUGGGAAAAGACAUUGUAUGGUUCCUUAAGCGGUGGGCAAAAACCUAUCUCCUAGUAGAUGAAAAACUGUAUGACCAGGUAAAACUAUUUUAAUCUAAAAGCAUUCCCCCCUCCUCCAUUUAAAUGUACCAGGUGAAUCAGGUGAUGAAUUUGCUAGGGAAGGCCUAAGCUUCUACCUUGCAUUAUUAGUCUUGCUCACUACUUAUUCUAAAUAGAGUAAAUACAGCAGCAUGACUUGGGGAUGAGGUGCUAGAACUCUGAGGUGAUCCAAUUAGACCGGACCACCAGCAGGCAAAGGAUUGAAUUCUAUCUAAAACAAAAACCUGCCUGCAAGUAGAAAUCUAGAACAGUCGUACCUUGGUUGUUGAACAGAAUCCGUUCCGGAAAUCCGUUCGACUUCCAAAAACGUUCGACAACCAAGGCAUGGCUUACGAUUGGCUGCAGGAGCUUCCUGCACUCAAUUAGAAGUCGUGCCAAAUAUUUGGCUUCCAAAGAACGCUUGCAAACUGGAACACUCACUUCUGGGUUUACAGCGUUCAGGAGCCAAAACGUUUGAGUCGCAAGGCAUUUGAGAUCCAAGAUACGACUGUAUAGCAGAGAGUAUUAUAGAAUCUUUCUGUCUGAUGUGCUAACAUUUUACUCACAGGGAGUUCGUAUAUGGGGGGAAAUUCCUAAAAUGGCGUACCCCACCUUUGGCCUGAAAUGCUGCAGUUUCCUUUACCACCUCAUUCUGUUGCAUAUGCAGAUUAGGGCUCAAAUCAGACCAUAGACCUUUGUUUCUAACUUGAAAACAUAUGCAUGCAGGACUGCCAGGGAUCCUGUGCCUCCAGUUAUAAUUACAGCAUCCUUAAAUUGUGGUUAGCCCAUACAUAUGGAGAAAUCCAGUGUUUUGUUUUAUAUUUUUGAAAACCACCGAGAGGUUUUCUUACAGUCAAGGGAUAUAUAAAAUUUGUUAAAUAAAUUAUUAGGCAAGACAGAAAACGUAAGUGUUUGGAACAUGAUCUGCUGUGACAUGUGAACAUGGCCGCAUUAGGGAAUGAACUUGAGAAUAUUCUUAUCAAAGUAUUGUAUAACUUACACAUCUCAAAAGAUUUGCUUUCGCCCAGGUAAAGGGAAUCCCUGGCUCGAGAUGUUGUUGGACUCUUAUCAGGUCCAGCUAGCAUGGCCAGUGGUUAUGGGAAUAAUAUUUGGGCAAAAUAUGGAGGAGCACAGGCUACCCAACCCUUCCUUAGCCUAUUCAAAAUUGUCAGCAUAUUUUCAUGGGAGAGUGCUUUCUGUGCUGCUUGUGAAGGUACAAUAUGGAUUACCUUUCUCCUCCUUUUUUUCUAGAUAAGUCUGCCAUUCAAUACAGCAUUUGGUGCUGACACAGAGGGCGCUCAAUGGAUUGUGGGUUACCUCUUAGAAAAAGUAAUCAGCAACCUUGCCGUGUGGAGUUCUGAGCAGGACCUUGCAAAUGACACCGUACAGUUGCUAGUAACGUUGGUAGAAAGGAGAGAGAGGUAAGCCUAAAUGUUACAAGCUGAAAGAAAAAGAUUUGCCUUUCCCCCAGCAUUCUUGGUUGAGAUUUUGAUGUUAGCUAGUUGCAUGAAUGCAACUGAUGUUUUUCAUUUAUAUAAAUAGCAGCUGCAAGGUGCCUGAGAAAGCUUAGGUUCAAUGUACAUCAGGAGGGAAAGUUUACAAAACCCCAAAAAAUCCCACUCUCUUGCAAAUUGCUAUUUGUAAAGCCUCUCUUCUGGCUUGGCCCCGUCAAAGCUGAUGGUAAUAAGGAUAACCAGUGUUUGCGAGGAAUAUUCAGCUACUCAUUUAAUUACACUGUUCAUUCUGAGAACAAAAUCCAAGGUGAGUUCAGAGCACACAGGUUCAGGACUUCCAGGGUGCACUGUUACCAAGUGAUGAGCAUGCAAGUAUGUAUAAAGCAGCCCAAAGGAGUUGUAACAGCAAGACAACAGUUGAAGACAUUCUCGUUUCAACAAGCUUUCCCAGCUAGAUGAAAAAGUCUGUGCCCUAGAUGUUCAUUUUUUAUGUUCCGCUACAGCUUGUAACAAUUAUUUUAGUUGUUUUUAAGGCCUUGUGAAAGGCAGUUCACAAAUUAAUAGAUAAUAAAUGGCAUCAUAAAAUGCAACUGGAUAUCGUUAAAAAGCCCAAAGAAACAGGAUAGACAUCACCUUGUGCUUAAGGCUGCAGUCCUGUACAGGGUGGACGUAAGUAGGAUUACACUGUAAGAUGUAGUUAGGAAGAUGCCAGGCAAAUAGGCCUAGUGAGAGAGUUCCACAGCUUGUUUCAUCAGCAUUUUUAAGACCUCAAUUUGGGAGCACAAGAGGAACAAGAAUGACCUCAGAAAUAGAUGUGCCCCCUGCAAAAAAAAAUCUCACCGCCGGCUCUGCAUUCACUUUUGCACAUCUACUGCUGGAAAUAGUUGUCAUUUUUCGAAAGAAUCCCCAGUGCAUCGAUCAGUCUUCAUUCACCUGCUGCCCUCCAGAUGUUAUGAGCAUCAGCUGGCUGGGCCUAAUGGGAGCUGUAGUCCUAAACAUCUGGGUGGCACCAAUAUGGUGAAGGCUGAUUUAGAUUACAGUGGUACCUCGGGUUACAGACGCUUCAGGUUACAGACUCCACUAAUCCAGAAAUAGUACCUCGGGUUAAGAACUUUGCUUCAGCAUGAGAACAGAAACCAUGCAGCGGCAGUGCGGCGGCAGCAGAAGGCCCCAUUAGCUAAAGUGGUACCUCAGGUUAAGAACAGUUUCAGGUUAAGAAUGGACCUCCAGAACGAAUUAAGUUCUUAACAAUACCACUAUAUUGUUGUUUUUUAAUCCUUACCAUAAUUUUAGGGGUUGUUUUUUAAGGAAAUAAAGCUAUUGUAUGUGGGUAUUAUAUCUUUCUGUAACAACCUAAUCCAGGCGGAAAAUACCUCUCUGGUUACUCCCCUAAUCUAGGAAGGCUGGGGCACGUGGAAGAGGCCGCCACUGAAACCUGCUUAAAAAUUACAAAAGUGGCAUGGAUGAAAACGGGUCCUCCAUAUGCCUUGUUCAUUUAGGGCUUUUGAAUCUUUAUUUGUGUCACUGCUGUGCACUUUUGAGCUACAUUGUCUAAAUCUCCUUCUGCUCUUAGGGCAAAUUUAGUGAUUCAGUGUGAGAACUGGUGGAACUUAGCAAAGCAGUUUGCCCGGCGGAACCCACCUCUUCACUUUUUGUCUAGCUCUGUGCAACGAACGUUAAUGAAAGCCUUAGUUCUCGGAGGUUUCGCUCACAUGGACACAGAUACCAAACAGCAGUACUGGACAGAGGUAAGAGUUGGGAGUCCCAACACUACCUGGAAGACCACAGGCUUCCCAUCUCCUUUUGCAUGUGAUAGAAUUCAAGCAAACCUUUAAAUGCCAGCUUAUUUUAACAUUAGUCUUAGUGUAUCAUGUAGUUAGGGACAUGGGUGGUGCUAUGGUCUAAACCACUGAGCCUCUUGGGCUUGCCAAUCGGAAGGUUGGUGGUUUGAAUCCCCGUAACAGGGUGAGUUCCCACUGCUCUGUCCCAACUCCUGCCAAGCUAGCAGUUCGAAAGCAUGUCAGUGCAAGUAGAUAAAUAGGUACCGCUGUGGUGGGAAGGUAAACGGCGUUUCCGUGCGCUCUGGUUUCCGUCGCAGUGUUCUGUUGCUCCAGAAGCGGUUUAGUCAUGCUGGCCACAUGACCUGGAAAGCUGUCUGUGGACAAACGCCAGCUCCCUUGGCCUGAAGCUAGAUGAGUGCCACAACCCCAUAGUCACCUUUGACUGGACUUAACAGUCCAGGGGUCCUUGACCUUUACCUUUAUCAUGUAGUUGACGUUAGUACUGCAGAAAUAAUUACUGGAGCCUCUUAGCCACAUAGAACCAAGUGUUAGUAUUAUAUGAUGUCACUGGGACAAAAAACUAUCAGAAGUAAGUUGUGAAGGACAAACAUUUGUAUGAUAGCAUAGGUGAAAGAAUCAGGUUGUAAACUCAUGGGCAGGAACUGCCUUGUUUUUAUUGAUCUUCCGUAAGCUGCUUGGGAAGCCUUUUCUACUGCAGAGCAGUAAUAAGUACAAAACCACCAGCAAAAAUAAGUAGGAACAGCAAGAGCACUAGCUCCUAAAGGUAUAGUGGUCUUCACAGAUUCGCAGAACGGCACUAAAAUGGGAAAUACAGUGGUAGCUUGGUUGUCGAACGGGGACACAUUUCUAAAGAGUACAGUGAAAUGGCUCCCAAACGCCGCAAACUCAGAAGUGAAUGUUCUGGUUUGCGAAUGUUUUUAGGAAGUCGAAUGCCCAAUGCGGUGUCCGUGGCUUCCGAUUGAGUGCAGGAAGCUCCUGCCGCCAAUUGGAAGCCUUGGUUUUUGAACCAUUCCGGGAGUCAAACGCACUCCUGGAACGGAUUGCGUUCAACAACCAAAGUAGCACUGUAAGCCUGACAAAGGGCGUUCCUGAGCUAUAGUCAAAAGACCCCUAAUUCUCCUGGAGGCCAGGCUGGCUUCCAAAUAAGUUGGAGAGUGAACAGGGUUUCAGUGGCUAUUCUUCAGAUUGUCUCCUAUGGAAUGGCAUGGCUCUGUAAGGACACAAGAAAAGCCCUGCUGGAACAGGUUAGUGGCCCAUCUAGUCCAGCAUUCUGUUCUUACAGUGGCCAACCAGAGGCCUAUAGGAAGCACAGCAGCAGGAUCUGAGCACAAUAGCCCUCAAUUCCCAUCCAUUGGCAUUCAGAGACAUACUGCCUUUCUAAUAUAAGAGCUGCUCUCGCUAAGUGUUAAAUGUCAGAAAUUUCACACCCCCAGCUGAGGUUGUUGUUACUGGUUUAACAUGAAACUGCAAUACAUUCUGUUUUGCUUCUUCCUCCGUAGGUCCUUCAACCACUUCAGCAGCGGUUCUUGAAUGUGAUAAACCAAGAAAACUUCCAGCAGAUUUGUCAAGAGGAGGAGGUGAAACAGGAAAUCACUGCCACCUUAGAGGCACUUUGCGGCAUCGCUGAGGCUACGCAGAUAGACAAUGUAGCAAUUCUCUUUAAUUUUCUAAUGGACUUCCUCACCAAUUGCAUUGGACUCAUGGAGGUGUACAAGAAUACACCAGAGACUGUUAACCUCAUUAUAGAAGUUUUUGUUGAAGUUGCACAUAAACAAAUAUGCUAUCUUGGAGAGGUAAAUAACGGCGCAAAUACACAAUUUGGGCGUGGGUGUGGGGUGCAAGUUUCUGAAGACUGGAGCACUUGGGCAAUCAAUGCUCAGCCCUUUUAAUUUCCCUUGGUACUUGAGGUGUAUGUUUCAGGCUAUUCUAGGCCCUACCUGCCCACGACCUUUCAAACUUAAGAACUGCCUUGUAUUCUAUUUCCAGUAAAUCUAUUCCUGGACAGCUAGCCAUACAGCAGCAGAAAAUUUCCAUAGGGAAGCACAGACAAUGAAGCUGUUAAGAUGGAGUUCACAAACAGAUGGGAUGUUAGUAGAUGGGCUGACUAGAGACUGGAAGUUUCUGGCUUACUAGCAGAAGUAUUUGCCCAUUUUUAGGUGUUUUUCUAUGCUGUUCCAUUGCCCAUUUGGAAUGGUUUUGGCUUGAACUCAUGAGCAUUUGUCCUCUACAGAGCAACAGAACAGCCCUAUCUCUUACACUGCUAGUCUGUGUGCACAUGCGUGUGCAUAUAACACAUAAACAUACAUCUGUCAUGCAUCUGGGUUUCAUGCAUCUGAUGAAGUGGUCUCUAGCCCAUUAAGGAGUGCAGCACAAUUAAUUUGUUAUGCCUUCAAGGUACCCGUGUUAGGUUUGUGGUUUUUGCUGCAACAAACUUAAUAUAUUUACCGCUCUGGAAUUGGUUCAGUCAAUCAAAAAUCCUGCAGGAUGGGCUGUUUUGGACCUAGCACUAACAUAGUUUAACAUUACAAGAACAAGACUAGCCUUCCUCCCAGGCUCACAUGCUUCCCUCUCCUUCGUGUUGUUGUUGGCAUCCGUCUGUCUCAAGAAACAAUGGGGUGAAGAGUGGCCACCGCAAAUACCAUACUUCUGCAUCCAUUUGUGACGUACUGCAGUUUGCCAUAUUGUCCAGCCUAAAACAAAAUGUGGUUAACCUUAACUAUGGUAGUGGAUACAAGCUCGCUUUAAGCCACAGUUUAUGAAGCUGCGCUUGAGAAGAAGAGAGGAGGUUGAAAGAGCAUAAACUGGACUCCUUCUCAUAAUGCUAAAUCCUUACAUGAGUAGAAAAGUAGGCAUUUGGUUCUUGACAACACAUACAGUAUUGCUGAAUGCUUUAUUAGUAAGUGGCAGAUAGUUACACCCAUAGGAACUUGAAAAUGGCUCUUGAAGAAUGAGAAAUUGAUUGUGGAAUGCUCUCCCUGGGGAAACACACGCCGUGCCAUCACUCAGAUUUUAGGCACCAAGCUUCAGUUGUUUUCUUUUAUCUAGGCUUUUGGUGGUUAAGUUUUGGGGUUGUAUUUGGGUGUGAUUUCAAACCUUUCCUGUGGUGCUCAUCUUCGAAUGGUAUUGGCUAGGAUCUGACUUCCUUAUUGUAUUGUUGGGUGUGCACUUGCAGGAAAUUUGGUUUUUUUCUAUAAAGUGACAAAUACAAUAAAUAAAUAAAUAAAGAUGGUAUCCUAGAGACUGUUAGAACAACGUAAAUAGUAAUGGAAAUUGUUUCUUAAGCUUGCGGCUGUCCUUACUGAAACAAACGUACAUUUCCCACUAAGCCCCCUCUUCUUUUCUUUGUAGUCUAAAGCCAUGAAUUUAUACGAAGCUUGUCUGACCCUACUUCAAGUGUAUUCCAAAAAUAAUUUAGGUAGGCAGCGGAUAGAUGUUACAGCAGAAGAGGACCAAUACCAGGAUCUUCUUCUCAUCAUGGAACUUCUUACCAAUUUACUUUCAAAAGAAUUUAUAGAUUUCAGUGAUACAGGUAAGAGAGGAUUCAGAGUGGGGGUGGGAAGCAUUGGGCACUUUACCUCUUGCCAUUUGAGUAUCUAAAGCAGGCAUAAGCAAACUUGGCCCUCCAGAUGUUUUGAGACUACACUUUCCAUCAUCCCCGACCACUGGUCCUGUUAGCUAGGGAUGAACAUCUGAAGGGCCGAUUUUGCCUAUGCCUGAUCUAAAGCUCAGGUGGGGAACCUGUGGCCCUUAGAUGUUGUUGAACUCUCAACAUAAAUGGCAGCUCCCGGAGGCCAGUGUGUUCCCCAUUCCUUCUUCAAUAUGAACUACCUGCUUUGAUAUGAACAAACUUGACUACUGAGAUCAUUCUCCCCCCCCCCCCCCAUCUCAGUGUCCCUCUAAAUGUUGGGCAUGUGGCAACCAAGUUAACAGGGUCUUUUCUCCAGUGAUACCUAAGUUAUGGAACUUCCUGCUAUUCCCCCUCCCCUCUCAUUUUUAAGCUGCCCUCCUGCUUUUUUUUUUUAAACAUUGCUUGCUCCUUUUGUAUUUUUAAAGUUUCAUGCUUUAAUAUUGUGUAAUUUUGGAAGUCAGCUGGGAAUUCUGAUAAACUGGAAGGCAGGGCAUGAAUCUCUUAAAUGGAAGUGUUAAGUGUAAGUAGUGAUGUUAAAUUCUCGAGAAUAAUCUUUUGGAGAAUACUCUCAAGAAUAUUCCUGAGAAUUUUCUCAAUUAAUGAGAAUAUUAGAGCAUUUUCAUUUAAAACAGGAGACUAUUCAUUUUGAUGCAUUGGAAAUUAUAUAAUUUUAAUGCAUUGGAAAUUAUAUAAUUAGUUAAUACACAUGUUUAUUCAUGGGUAAACUUGUUCAGAUAGCAACCAAAAACCGCACAGAUACUUUUAUCCAAUGGGGAAAUGCAGUGAAUUCACAUUCUUUGAUUUUUUUUGCACCAAACUUGAAAUUGAAACUUCAAUGUGAAUGACUCACAUUAAUCACCUUUGGACCAUACAUGUGUAAAUCCUGGUUUAUAUCUGUGUAAGGUUUGAAAGUCUUUCCGAGUUUAUAAUUAAAGGUUAUAUGAGAUUCUACACUGAGCUUUCCUAGAGAUAGAUUUUAACUUUAUAAUGCUGAACUUUACAGAAAACUGUCGUGGCCAAUUUAUGUAAUGCCUAGAUUUUGUACUUUCUGUACUUGAACCAAAGAGAUUCGUUCUACCACAAGGUAGAUUUAUAGCCAAACUAUUAGGAGGCAUUUGCUUUGAAGUAUAUUCAAAGCAUCUAUUUCUAGACAACUUUAAAUUGAAGAGUAAAUACAAUUUUUUUAAAACUCACAAACUUAAGUCUGUGAUGCAGUUGGAUUGCUCAAUAUCCCCUAGCUGGAAUUGAUGGCAGUUCUCUAUUUUAGAGUUGCCUUCCUUCCUUUCUUAGUUGGGUUUCAGAUUCCUUUUGUCCAUUGUGGAGUCCAAAGAAGAAUCUGAUCCACCCUCUGUAACUUUACACAAUUUAUUCUUUGCAUCAUUGCGUAUAGUGAGUCUUUAAAAAUACAUCUGUACCAAGUCGUGGACACAGAACAUGCAGAACUGGUAUGUGUGCAACAUUCUGUUUCUUAGUGCCUCUGAAAAGAAAAUUAAGACUAGCUACAGUGGCCAGAGUCAAGUUCAAGAUGGACUUACUAGAAUGCCUGUUCUGAACUCCAGUUGCUUCUGCAUAAUAAUUUUUAAGCAGUGUGUGUGCUCAUUAUAUAUCAGGCUUGUCAGGAAGGGAAUGUGUACCUGUAUUUGUCUUAAUGAGGCAUAUUUCAUAUGUGCUGUUGUAUCCCCCUCUCCUUUUAGAUGAAGUAUUUAGGGGACAUGAGCCUGGGCAAGCAACAAGUAGAUCUGUGUCAGCGGCCGACGUUGUCUUAUAUGGGGUGAAUCUAAUUCUGCCUUUAAUGUCCCAAGACUUGCUAAAAGUAAGUACAGUUGAAUGCAACAUUGCAGAGAGGGUGGUGGUUUACAAGGCAACUGAAACUCUUAGCCCGCAAGUCUAGAUACACCAAGCCAUUAAAUACAACAGUACAUUUUCCACUGCUACCUGCUCUUGUGUUCCUGGGUGGGAAUACCAACCCAUUCCUGGAAACUUUCUCCUUUUUCUGAGCUUUGUACAGCAUAUGUACAUGCGUGUGUUAGCCUGAGGCUUGCAGAACAGUCAAAUUUUUCUAGGCAGCCUGGAACUGGCACAGCAAUCAGGCUUCAAUUUGGACCAAUGCCGAUGGGGCAGGCUCAGUUUCCAGCUGCCUCAGCCUCUUACCACCCUGUCAGAACACCCCAUUUGGGGCCUACUACAGACUGAAGCUGCUGGGAAGCCCAACAGUGCUAUUUCUGUCCACCCAGAUUUUCAGUGGACUGGCUUGGUGAAGCCAGUUGUAAUUUUUCAGAAAUGCCUUUAAAUUAAAAUGGGGGGGGGGCCUCUGUACACCACCUUGAAUUCAUUGGAAGAAAUGUUGGAUAUACAGUCGUACCUUGGUUCUCGAACAAAAUGCAUUCCAGGAGUCCGUUCGACUCCCGGAACCGUUUGAAAAUCAGUGCGCAGCUUCUGAGUGUCCUGCAGCCAAUCGGAAGCCGCGCAGGAUGUUUGGCUUCUGAAAAUCAUUUGAAAACUGGAACACUCAUUUCCGGCUUUUGAUCAUUCGGGAGCCGAUUUGUUUGGGAGCCAAGGCGUUCGGCUUCCAAGGUAGCACUGUAAAUGCAAAUGAAUAUUUUUACAUCAAAUUGACUUCUACCUGCCAUAAUUCAGCAAUUUUUAUUCUUAAAUCGUAGCUUUUAAAAUUAUUUUUCUUUGCGUAACCUGUGUGUUUUGAAUUAACAAUUUACAACUAGCCUGCGGGAUCUGGACUAUGUAUAAACUGAAGACAUCUAUAUUGUAUUUUGUAGUAUUUUGUUUUUGACUGAUCUGGUGUUUAUAAUCUGGUGCUAGAAUAGAAGUAUGUAUUUUAAGAAGCCUAAUUAACCAAGAUUUCUCUAUUUCUUCCUAUAGUUUCCGUCGCUGUGUAAUCAAUACUACAAACUAAUUACUUUUAUUUGUGAAAUAUUCCCUGAGAAAAUUCCACAGCUUCCAGAAGACUUGUUUAAAAGCCUUAUGUAUUCCUUAGAAUUAGGGAUGACGUCGUAUCCUUUUGGGUGAACUUCUGUGCCUCCCUUUGCCUUUAGCCAAUGUGUGUCUAUCUACUGACCCUCUUACAUGUACAUGUUUGAGCGCUAAACUCUCUCUUCCCUUUCUUUAAUUGCAUUUGAGUUGAACCAUGAGAAAAAUUGAUUAAGAAACCUUUCCUGGAAACAUUUUGUAGGGUUGAACCAAUAUAUAAUCAUUCUUGGAGUGGACCUAUGGAAAUCAAGUUGACCUAAGUUAGUUGUGAUAACUUGUCCCAUUGAUUUCAGUUGGUCCACUGUAAGUCUGGACUUGUGCCUGUAACGAGAAUGGUGACAAUUUUUUAACAAAUUUCUUUAUAAUGGUUUUGUGUUCUUUAAAGCUAGUUGGCAAGUUACAAGGUCUAAUUGCUGAUAUUUUCCUGAUGCCACGUUCCUGUUUUCAGUAGCAAAUGUUUUUUGAUUCCUUGACUUUGAUUAAUCAGAAUGAGUUCAGACGUUUGCCAGCUCUGCUUGGAAGCUCUGACCCCAUUAGCAGAACAGUGUGCAAAAGCACAGGAAACCGAUUCAUCCCUCUUUUUAGCAACAAGGCACUUUCUUAAGGUAAGAGGGGUGUUCCGUAUCUUAACUCUCUUGUGAGUUGCGAGCGUGGACCUAUUCAUUUUAUUUCCCUAGAAAGCAAAGUCAGUAUCCAUGUUCUGAAUCAGAAAUGAACUGAAACUCGAAUCCAAAGAGACAUGAGUGGAAGGAGAAAGUGUGUUAGUGCCGUUCCUCAAACUAUUGCCCGACUGGCACAUGUCUCAAAGGUUGUACUCCAGUAGAAGAAAUGGCAAAUAAGGAGAAUACAAGGUGUGGGGUAUAAACUCUAGUGAGCCAUGCCAAGUUCUUAAAAUGAGCUUGUGCAAAAGUUUUAAUGAGAACAUGUGCAAAAACUGGAUUGGGACAGUUGCACAACACUUCUGUUAAGGCAUUGUUUCUCAAAGUUGGGUCUCCAGCUGCCAUUGGACUGCAGCUCCCAUCAUCCGUGACCACUGGUCCUAGCUAGGAUACACACUAUGUAAUAUUCCUUCUUCUGAUAUUGAAUGCAGAAUAAUGUUUGCAACCAAACAAAGCAGUCAUAUGUAUUCAAGGAGCCAGUUUUAUUGUAAAACUCUCUAAUUAUAUGAAGGGCAGAAUGAAAAUAAAUAAAGGAGUAGUCAGUGAAUAUGCAUUGAAUCAUUCACAGGAGCUGAUUUCAACAACUCCCUCCCUCCACCUCACAGAUCUGUGUGCAAUUUUAAAGUUUGUUUAUUGUGGCUGUCUUGAAUAGCUAUGACAUCUCGUGCCUUCUAUAGUGCAGGUUUUGAUUUUCAGCUGUCAACAUGUAUACAAAACUGAUUUCAAGGUUAUUAAGUCACUUCAUUUUAUUACAAUUUAGAUGGUUUUUGAUAUGCUGGUACUGCAAAAGCACAAUACAGAAAUGACAGCUGCAGCGGGUGAAGCGUUUUACACGUUAGUCUGUUUGCAUCAGGUAUGAGCUUCUGCGUUUUUAUUAUUCUCUUCACUUCCAAUGAUCACAGCUGUGAUGGUUCUCAAAAUGUCAAGCAGCUUACGUCAGAGUCGAGAAUAAACUGCCUCUAGGAAGUUAACAACAAGUAACUUUGGAUCCUGCAUUUAUUCUCACCACUAAUGUUCAGCACCUAUUUCCAUGCAGAAUAAUUCUAAUAAUGGAUAGGAAUCUUAAGAGACCUGUGCAUGCAUGAAGAAGUAAGAGGUGUCUGGGAGGUUGAAGCUCCCUCUUGCAACCUUACCCUCAGCCUUAAAUUCACCUGGUGGACUGAGACAUGACCCUCUUCCUAAGCCUUGGCAUGUGCGCGCACACACACACACACACACAAUCCCAGAACUGCAAUAAUUAAAUAUUGACCUACCUCGAAUGGCUGUUACUAAUACAAUGGUACCUCGGGUUAAGUACUUAAUUCAUUCCGGAGGUCCAUUCUUAACCUGAAACUGUUCUUAACCUGAAGCAUCACUUUAGCUAAUGGGGCCUCCUGCUGCCGCCACGCCACCAGAGGACGAUUUCUGUUCUCAUCCUGAAGCAAAGUUCUUAACCCGAGGUACUAUUUCUGGGUUAGCGGAGUCUGUAAUCUGAAGCGUAUGUAAUCCGAGGGACCACUGUAAUACUAGGAUCUAUGUGAAAUCCUUGGAUUUACACGAUAGAAGUGCUGAUACCUCUUCAAUUACAAUGAUUCCCCCCCCCCCCCAGUUUUUCAAAUAUUAUUUGUACUUUUCAAGUUUAUACAUUUCACUAAUUUUAUACAUUUCACUAAUUUUACAAUCAUUUUAACAUUUCAAAACUUGACUUCCUUCCCCCUCUUUCUGCAGUUCCUUAAAUUAAUUUUUAGUAUCCUCUGCAUAUCCAAAUUAACUUAAUUUGCUCAUUUAUUAAUCUUCUUUAAAUAUAUACUCUUAUAAAACUGCGGAUUAUUACAAUAAUCCUGCCAAUGUUCUUAUAUGUUUACAAUUUAUCUGUAAAUAUUCAAGAAAACAUUUCCAUUAUUUUAUAAAAAGUUUAUUAUCUUGAUUUCUUAUAGCAUGUAUGUUAUCUUAUAGCAUACAUGAAUAAAUUUCUGUACAUUGUAGGUAGUUCUGUCCAUAUAAUUCCCAAAAGAAAAGAUUAUGGAGUUUUUUUACAAAGGUUAUUUUAAACAUCCUUUAAAGAAGGUUAUUUUUAUCAUAUGUGGUGGUCUUCUUGUAAGGUUAAAGCUUACUGGGAAAUGAUAUAUAAUGAAAUGAAAAGGACAUCAAUUAGUGUUCUAUCGUGUAACGAAGACUCUCUUCUUCACAGGCAGAAUAUUCUGAAUUAGUUGAAACAUUAUUAACAAGUCAACAAGAUCCUAUAAUUUACCAGCGAUUAGCAGAUGCCUUCAACAAGCUUACCGCAAGCAGCACUCCACCAACUUUGGACCGUAAGCAGAAGAUGGCCUUCCUCAAAAGUUUAGAAGACUUUAUGUCAAAUGUCGGUGGUCUCCUCUGUGUAAAAUAAACACCAGAACUGUAUGCCUAACCUUGACCCUUUCUGCAAAAUGCACUGAAAAAUGCUGAAAGCUGACUUAAUUUUAACGCCUGUUUCUGGGUUUUUUGCAGCCAUCCAAGAUUUUAGAGAGCCUGGAAGUUUUUAUAUAGUGCAGUGGAAUAGGAGGUGUCAACUCUAAAAUCAGCUUCUGCUAAUGUCUGUUAGCCACAGUCUGUCAUACCUUUUUAUGUUGUACAGAAUAAACAGAAAAACUGAAAUCUUCAAAAAGAGAGAGAGAGAAAGAGGGAGAGAAAAGAAUUCCACAAGUGUAUACAGAUGUGGGCACAGUCAAAAUAACCAGUGCCUUGUCCCAAAUGGCCUCAAAUAGUGACGAUUCAGAUUCCUAAUUUUGUUGCUGUUACUAUAAACCCUUUUAGUGUGUGAUUUAGACACAUACAGAACUGUAAAACAAUUUUAAGCUUUAUUUUUUCCCCUCUGAAAACUGUGUGUGUAAUGAGAAGAAGAAGAAGAAGAAGAAGAAGAAGAAGAAGAAGAAGAAGAGAAAACACCAAAUGAUAUUUUUUAACAUGGAUUUAGGGUUUUUGGGGGGGGUUCUUUUUUUUUUGGAGGGUUUUUGUUUUUUUUACAUCAACCUGGCGUUGCAUGUUUGUGUAAUACAAGUUUCUACAUUAUAUGCUGCUGCCCUAAAGUUCAGAAAGAAGAAAGGUGUAUAUUUUUGUUUCCCCUGAAAUGAACUUUAGGAACUGUAGCCAUCUCAUUGCCUUAAUUUAAAAGAAAUAAUAAUAAUAAAAAAAAUAAAAAUAGCUGAUGUAAGUUAGGUGAGAAAUCUAAGGCAAGUUUGGGUCUUCAGAACUGUUUUAGAAUGUUGGCGUUAAGCUGCCAUUGUACCUGUUUGCAGCCCUCCUCCUGUGUUUGAGAGUAUUAUGUCCGUGUGAGUGUAAAGAGAGAAGUUCAUGUGUAAUUUUACUUUCGAUAGCUAUUGAUUCAUGCCCAGGUUGUACACAACUGCAGUGUAUUUUUAGACUGAACUAGACUGAAUUUGUUGAAGCAAUAAUGUUUCAAAUGGUGUAAAUUAUUAAUUUCUACAAACUAUUUUUUAUGUUGGGGCAUUAGAUCCGAUGGCUAGACUCCGCGAGUGUCAGACUUGUCUAGCCAUAAGCCGUGAACGCUUGAUCUUCAAGAUUCAGAAUACCAAACUGUGGUCUGAUGUCUUGCCACCACUGUCAGAUUCCGCGGUGCUUGUCUUCUGCUGCUCUGAUCCCACUCAUUUAAUGUGUUGGCACUUUAAAAAAAAUAAUAUGUAAGAUUAUCUUUAUGGUUUCAUCCUGCACCCACCAAAUAGGAGGUUGCCAUGGGAACGAAGUGGCAGGAACUCAAGAAUAUGGAAGCAGGGAAUUUUUGAAUAGUUGCAAGCCAAACUAAACCAAUGCUAAUGCAUAUGCUGCUGGUUAAAACGAACUGUUUUGAUGAAGGAAGGGGAUAAUUUGUCUCCAAGGCCUUGUGCUUCAUCCUCUGCAAGAUUCCCCCCCCCCCCAUUGGAUAUUUCCAACUAGUAAUUUUUUUACAUUUUGUAUGGGGAUGUAUAAAACACUCGCCUCUGUAUAAGCAUCAUGUUUUCAAUUCUUUCCCACCCUUGAGCUGUUCAUCUCAAAAUUUAAUCACACUCCCUGAUGCGUGAGUGUAUACACGCACACACACGUUGUGGGAUUUUGUAAGGGUCCAAAACAUAACUUCUUUAAUUCCUUCUUGGUAAGCCAUGAACCCAGAAAUCAAGAGAGGGAUUUGUCACUGUUUCUGCAAAACUUUUUCAUAGAAUGAAGACAGGCAGGAGCAAGUUGUUUCCUUGAAUAAGAUAAGUUCUGAAAUACUGAUUAGGGCUCAAUUGAGAUACCGCCACUAAACCAUGGCUUUGCCUUCAAGAACACACCCUGGGCUCAUGCAUUCCCUUCUCCCCUCGCAGGCUCAUGCAUUCCCCCCAUGUCCCAAUGUGCCGUAUUUUGCAGUGAUGGCUGAAUGGUGCAAAUGUUGGUUUCUGUUAGCCAUAAUUUUUAUCCAAACUAAAAACCACUCGUUUGAGGACCAUGGUUUGGCUGUGACAUCUGAACUGAGCCCAAGUCUCUUCCUUCUCGGUUAAUAUUGUUUCACCUGUUUUUCUAAUCUAAUGUUAGUGUUGUUUUGUAGAAUGAGGAAAUUCCUUUGGUGCCUGUUUGUUUGAAAAUUUAGUUCCUGUGGCUCCACCAAAGCCAUUCUCACUCUAAUUAUGACAGAUUCUGAGUGUGUCCUUUUAAAUGAUUUGAUAAUUCGGGGGGGGGGGGGGGUUCUAAAACAACAGCUUUCAAAACAUGACCAGUUGUGUUGAAGGCCGUUAACGGUUAGCAAAAUAGGCAAAUGUGUAGCCUAGGUUUCACAGAUGGCAACUACAUAGCAAAUUGGGGUGUAACUCAAUUGCAUUUUUCAGUUAUUGUGUAUAACUGCUCUAGUUUAUAUAACUAGUGAUUAAAAUUGGUGCCAUGUGAACCUUUAAUUUCUGGAAAUAUGAGAUAAAGAGGGUUAUCUCUAGAAGCUUUGAGAAUAAGCAGGUCUGCAAGAUUCCUUUUAAAGUGUAAAAAACUUGCAAGGCAAUAGUGAAACUUGCCCAAGAAUUCUACCUUUCCGGCUGGCUUGGGGAAAGAUCUACCAAACACUGCUGCUUUGCAGCCUCCAUUUUUUUCCAGGGCAUGUGCUACAGGCUUCUGUACAUGCCAGUUGCAAAAUGAAUGGAACUUGUGAGCAACAAUGCUUGGCAGACUGGUUCUAAAAUUAAGAGUUGUCAUGGAUUAUUUGUAAUCUUAAACUUUUCUUCCUCAUUUUAAAUGUAUGUUAUAUUAAAGGGACACUGUCCAGUACAUUUUUACCUGAAAUUUUUGUAACUGUUAGUAAUAUUUAAGAAGGCUGACUAUCUUUUCUGUUUUUUGUAUUUUUAAAAAGUAUAAAUGACAUUCAAUUUUGUCUUUCCCCAUCCGACAUGUUUCCAGAUGUCACAAUAUGUAUCUCCAGCUUCUGAAUGUUAGCAUUUUACCAAUUUCAGAGAUUUAUAGUAGCUCUGGAAACCUGACUUGGUGCCUAUGCACCUUCACCACACUGGAGAGCUCUUUUAUUACUUGACAAUGUCCAUGUCUUUAAAAGAAAGCAAUCUUUAAUGAGAUAAUAUGUACUUCUAUUAGUGGGGGCACAAACAAAGCUCAUGGAAGUCAAUAAAAAAUAAUAAUGCAUUUCAGUUGGCUGUUAAUUUAAGCCAUGCGACUUUUUUUAAAAGAAAUUGGGUCAUUAACAUAAGAGCACUUUGUUUUGGCACACAGUGAGAAAUUAUAGAAAAUGCUUAAAAAAUUGAUUUAUGUAAGAAUCUGUUAUGCAAGCCACAGUUGUAUAAUUCUAACAUAUAAAAAAAUUGAAUGUGGUGUUUGGACGCUUCCAUGGGAUGUCUGUUCUCGUGAUAAGCAAGCCAGUCCUGCUCCCCCAAGGUUAAAGCCAGCCUUUCUCAAACAUUCAUUACUCUUGGGGAUAGCUUUUUAAAAUUCCACCCUGCUAAUUGCUAGAUUGUUCAAAGCAUAUGAAUCUGACUGACACAGUUUAAUACAUCUAGAGUAAACUAGAGGAUUGAGCAUGGGGAAGUUAACUUUGAACUCAUCAUGGGAGUCAAUAGAAGUGUUAGCAUAUUUAUAGCCAAAAGAACCAAACAGGAAUUCUAAUUUGUUCUUUCGUCUGGUUCUUGAAGAGUUUUUUGUACAUAAAACAAAUAUAUUCAAAGUGUGGAUAGAUAGUUAAUGGUCUCAACUUACAACAGAGCUAAAAAUCUGAAAACAGUUGUAAUCUGUUUUAAAGGCAUACCUCCUAGCAAAAUGUAUUAUCACAAAUUAUUGUUGAAAUGAAAUAUAGGGGCGGGGCGGUAAGUGAGUUUACAUUUCAGUGAAAAACAAUCCUAAAUUCUAAUAGCAGUUCUGCCCUCCAUGACCUUUAGCGAAGUGAAAGUUAUUCUUCCUGUAUUCACAAAUACUGGGUAUAAUGCUGGUCAAGCAAUUAAACAAUUAUAUAUUAUUGUGAAGUGCUUAGAAUCUAGCUCCAUAUGCUAACUAUAACAUCUACUAUUUGACAGUUAAUUGACUACAGUGUAAACUGAAAGAAAGCCCUGUGAUCUCAAAAACAUACAAACAAAGCAGUGUUUCCCACUAAUAGUCCACAUUUGUAUAAUAAUUCUAAAAUUGGGUGUAGUAGGUAUGGUAGGUUUUUCCAGUCUUGUAAUAGGGCAGAAUCAAGGAUAAUAUUUAAUUUGGAAAUAGG